ACACCAUGUGAUCAUAACACACGGGACACACAAGAGGCCGACCUCCUUUUGCAAUUUACUCAUUCACUCAUUUACCCUUCUGCUACAUUGUAUAAGUAAUUACAAUCAGUCACCAUGCCCAUGUGAAUUAAAGGCACACACACAUUAUCAACACACAUUAUAUGUACAUUAAAGGCACACACACAUUAUAUGUACAUUAAAGGCACACACGUUAUAAUCACACUCAGGUUAUAAUCACACUCACAUAACUGAUUAGCCAGAGCCGACUGUCGGUAUUCCUGGAUCUGCAAUAUGUGCCUGAUCCAGAUCCCAUAGCCCUGCGUGCACAUCCUGUAUAUGUGAGUGUGUGUUUGUGUGUGUAAAAUGUGCUCAGGGGCGCCGCCUGCCGCUCCAGCUCCGCAUCUUCAAGCCGAUUGCUGCAUAUCCAGUUGCCACCGCUGCUAUAAGAAGGGAGCGUGUGUGGGGAAUCGCCCGUAACUGCACGUCUCUCCCUCUCCACCCCCCCGGUAGGGAGCUGUGUAUGACAUCUCAACACCAGCACCUUCCCAUCCAUCCUGCUAUCAAGUAGCCGAGCACACCGGGGCUGAUUACUUAUUCCCAAGGAUUUACAAAGCUGCUCUGGAACAAAAAAGGGAGAUAUUAAAAAAUAAAAAUAAAAAAAUACUAAAAGGAAGAAACCAUAAUCAGCUGCCUGCAAUCCGGAUUUACAAAGGGAGAGAGGGUGGUGUUUGUGUGACACCCUCGAUUCAUGUGUGUAUCCUCCUCCUCCAGCUGGCUCUCUGGGGGGUUGGGUGCUGCGGGGUGCAGCGCGAUGAGCAGCUCCUAUUCCAGGGGGGCUGUGCUGCUGCUACUGCUAGCCAGUGCUUGCUGUCUGUUUGGCCGGGCUCAUGGUGAGUAUGCACAGACCAUACUAUGGAUCAUGUCCUCUGCCCACUUGUAUCAUAAUCCUGCCUGUCUUUUCUUCAUUCUAAUUUAACGAGCACUGCGGAGGGGGGAUUAAUAAUGGAACCCGGUCACUUUAUGGGGAUACAAACUAACACUCUGCAUGUCUGUUCUAUAGAAUGACACUGGUCUAAUGACAAGAACAUGGCCAAUUGUAAAGGUCUGGAGGUGUAGUCACAUCUUCUUUUCUAAAUCACUGUCACUGGAUGUGGGUUAAAUGUAAAUGGCCGGGCUUUCCUUUUUAUGCCCCAGACAGCUUGUAGAUUUAUAGCUUCUAAUUCUAUCACCUCGCUAGUGACACACAUUGGCCCCACUUACUAGGGUUCUGUUUCUAUAGUUAAUGGGUAUCUAUGGCAAUAGUCUAAUUUCCCUACUAUUGGUAUAAAUGUAACUUCUAAUUCAAUUAAUCCCACCUGACCUGUCAACCCUGUCAAUGGCCAGUAACGCUGUGAAUGUGAGAGCACAGUGUAAAGGGGAACCUGGCUUCCCAGACACUAUCUGUCCUUGCUUAUCUUUCUGACUGAGUCUUUGCUCACCGUUGGAAGAUCUCCUUUGUCACUGACUUGUACAAUAGAACGCUUUGAUUAGCAGCCGGCACUUUCAUGUAUUUGUGCAGUGCUGGCUGAGAUAGGAACAUGGUUUGCUUCUAUUUCUGUCUCAUUCAUCUUGCUCGUGCUAUAGGAACGUUCCAUGUGGAGGAGAGAGAUUGUGAACUGGAGUAACCGCAGACUUGUUACACUCCUCCUUCUUUUCUUUUUCUUUUUUUUUUUUUUUGAGUCAAAGUCACUUCCCUUGACCCCUGUAAAGUGAUCUGUAAUCACACCUCUUCCACUUAUAGAAACUACUGUCCUUGGUGUUACUGAACUCUAGUCUAAUUUUCUGCAUCCUGGGGAAAAAAAACUGUCUGUUGGGUAACAUCUGUGCGAGUACACUUAAUUUGUUUAAUGCAAACAAAACUUCAUAUUCUAGAUGCAAUUUUUUAUUUUUUUUAAUCCCAUUUCAGACUAGGUCUGUCUAACCCUGUUCUAACAAUGUAUAUUGACCUUGUUUACCCUGAAACAGGUGCUAAGCGUGCCUGUGUGGGAAGCCCUGAUAACAAGUAAUUAGGUAGCCAAUGCAAGGGCAUUCUCAACAAACCAGUUUCCUAGGUCAAUUCCAUGAGCAAGGAGGAACUAGUCACACGUAACAUGGUUAUUAAAGGGAGGAUUACAAGCGGCCAAACUGAAAACUUAACUCAACUGGGUUCGAGAAUUGUUCCAAUUCGACUUUCUUUGAAGUCAACUUUGAAAUGCCCCUUUUGUGAAUAACCCUCCAAACAUGGAAUGCUAUUGUUUCCCAGUGCUAAGUUAAUUUAAUGACAAAGUCAUUCACAUGAAAUCCAAGGGCAAACGGUUUGUUUUUGCUUGUAGACAGAUUUUAUAAUUUUUAUAUAAUUUAUUCAACCAAAAGCUAAAAAGUGUACAAUGUGUUUUUAUAUUGAUAAACAAGGUGAGGUUUAAGCCACUUUAAUAGAUUUGUCCUUCCCCCAUUUAUACAUUGUUGAAUUUUAAAGAGAACCUUCUGUUAGAAGAGCAAUUUAAUUUAGUAAGGUUUAAACACUAUGGCAGUAAAACUUGUUGAUGUAGUAGUUUGGGCAAAUAACAAAAUCCACAGUUGGCUGCUAAGAGGUCACUAACUGAAUUGUCCGUUUAAAAUAAUUAUACUCAGCUGACCUGAACGGAAUGGAGAAAUUGGCCUAGUUAUUACAAGUUCAUUUAUUUGUGACUGUAAUUUGUUCAUUCACCACUUUGUGAAAAAGGUUUUUGUACUUGAAAAUAGCACUCUGCGCACUCUUCCCCUCCCCUUUUUUGUGCACCUGUGCAUUGCUUAAUUAUGAAAACUUUAAUUUUGUCUGUAAAGAAAAGUUAAACAAAUUACAUUUUGGUCACAAUUUUGGGAGUGCCACUAGGUGUUUAGCUUUCUUUUGUGGUUGUUACAGAUUAUAUACAAAAGUACAAGUUCUUAUCACUCAUGAGUUUGAGCAUUGGGUAUGGUGGUCCCACCCCACACUUUGCUACAGUUAACCAAAGAAAAUGAAUGCAUUUUAAAUGAACCUGAAGUGGUGUUUGUUCAAUUAAAUGGAACCGCUUCUUCAAGUAGCAGAACAGCUUUUCGCAUGAAAGCUCAGUGUUUUACGUAAGUUAAGACAAACAUUUAAGUUUGUAGUAAAUUUGCUUGGGAAAGGUCACUUGGUGAAAUUGGCUUGGAGUGUCUGCCAUCUGGGUUUGCUUACAACCUGUCUAGAUCUCAAAGGGUUUUGUGUGUGGUUUUUAUUUAUUUUUUUAUUUUUAUUUUAUUUUUUUUUCCUCCAAAGAUCUCUAGCUUCUUGGCCUAACCUUGUAACUGCUGCUCUAGGUUAAACACACACUGGUUUAUAAAGGUGCUUUCUUUAAUGUAAAGGGUUACAAAGCUAGAUCCCUGGGAAGGUGUUGUAAAGGGUGUUACAUGAAUCAAACUGACUAUUUACUACUAAACAUUCAGUGUUACAUAGUCAGGUGGUUGUACUACAAAAACAAUAUAGUACUUUGUUCUUCUCGUCAAUAACACUUGUGGUAGGAUUAACACAUGACCUUACUGGCACUGAUUCAAUGUAAUGCAAUUUGAUAAAAUGGGACUAAAAUUUCCCAUGUAACCUUGCCGUUUACUGCUUUUCGCAAGUGUUUCAAUCUUGGCUUCAUGUCAAUGAUUGUAACAGGGACCGGGGGGCCCCCCAUGCCACCGGACCACCAGGGAUACAAUCUCCCCCCUCCCUGGACACAGGUAAGCAGGGCGGGGGGAAUAACAUUUAAUUUAAUAUAAAAUUAAUUUGAAAAUGCCCCUUUCCCCCUCUGCAGAUUGCACAUUUACUCACACACACACACACACACACACACACACACACACACUGCAUCCACUCCACUGGUGCACACACACACUGCAUCCACUCCACUGGUGCACACACACACUGCAUCCACUCCACUGGUGCACACACACACUGCAUCCACUCCACUGGCGCACACACACACACACACUCUGCAUCCACUCCACUGGCACACAGACACUCUGCAUCCACUCCACUGGCACACACUCUGCAUUUAUUAUACUGACACACCGCAUCCACUACACAAACAUCCUGUAUUCACAGUACACACACACUGCAUCCACCACACAUUGAAACACUCUGCAUUCACUAUACAGACACUGUCUAAUACACACCCUACAUCCACUAGACACUGCAUCCACUAAACACAUUGCAUCUAGUACACACAAACACUACAUCCACUACUCAAACACACUCUGCGUUCACUAAACACACUGCAUCUGCUACACAAACACACACUCUGCAUUCACUGCACAAACCGUAUCUAGUACACACAGACCCUACAUCAGGGCCGGACUGGGAGAAAAAUUCGUCCCGGGCAUUUUUUUAACACAGCGGCCCACUAGAAAGGGGGCGGGGCAGAGGAGGUGUGUUUUGUCAUCACCAAUGACAAACAUGCCUCCUCUCAAAGUGAGCAUGUUGGUUCAAUGCUCUUCCAGGGCAGACCAUGCGCAGAGCUCUGCUGAAGAGCUCUAGCAUGAGAAAAAAGUCCUGUAUUUGUUCUGCACAGUGCAAGCAAAUUUAAUAACAUGCUUGCACUGUGUUUCCUUGCAACUUGUCUCUGGUGUCUUUAUAAAUGGAUACCAGGAGACAAAAGGCCAGGAAAGAGUAUUGUGCAUGUGUUUAGAGCCUGCUUGUGGUAUUGCGUGUGUGUAGAGUGAGCUGGUCGUGGUGUGGUAUUGUGUAAUAAGGUCGGUUUUAGUCGUGUUGUUUGUGGUGUAAUGUGAUGCAUAUGUGGCUCAGGGACCCCCUCCCACCCGGCUCUGGAAAGGGGUUAAAACUUACCUUUUUCCUGCGCCGGGUGGGGAGCUAUCCUCCUCCGAUCCGCCCCGUCGGCUGUAUGCGCACGCGCGGCAAGAGCUGCGCGCGCAUUCAGCCGGUCGCAUAGGAAAGCAUUUAUAAUGCUUUCCUAUGGACGCUUGCGUGCUCUCACUGUGAUUUUCACAGUGAAAAGCACGCAAGCGCCUCUAGCGGCUGUCAAUGAGACAGCUGCUAGAGGCUUUGGGGGAAGGCUUAACCCAUUGAUAAACAUAGCAGUUUCUCUGAAACUGUAUGUUUAUAAAACAAUGGGUUAACCCUAGAAGGACCUGGCACCAAGACCACUUCAUUAAGCUGAAGUGGUCUGGGUGGCUAGAGUGGUCCUUUAAGAGUGUGUAUGUGUGUGUGUGUGUGUGUGUGUAUGUGUGUGUAUGUAUAUAUGUAUAUGUAUAUAUUGUGAGAGUGUGCUGUAUAAAUGUUAUUGUGUGUGUGUGUAGGGGGGGGUAAAUAAAAAAAAUAAAAAAUCAGUCAUUAUUUCCCCCCCCUCCCUUCUUACCUUUAGCCUGGGAGGGGGGGGACCGGCACGCGGGGAGACAGUGUUCCCUGGUGGUCCUCGUGGGUGAGUGAACUCUAGCCUGUGCCAUGGCAACGCGCCGGAUCUCGCGAGAGGAUCCCGGCGGAGCUGCAAGUUAGAGCUCCGCCGGGUCCUCUCUCCAGCCUGGCUGGCUCCCUCCCUCCCUCCCCGCCGGCGGCCGCUUGUGAGCCGGUCAGGGAGAUCCUUGAUCUCCCCACCGGCCCGUCGUGGCAAACAGCGGGGCCGGCGCUAGGAGAGUGCCGGCCCUGCAUAGACCGGCAGGGGAGAUCCUGAGACCUCCCCUGCCGGCCUCGGCCCCACGGACACCGCGGCCCACCGGGCAUUUGCCCGGUGUGCCCGAUGGCCAGUCCGGGCCUGCCCUACAUCCAUUACACACAUUCUAAUUCACUUUCACUAUACAUACCACAUUCAGUCCUGCAUCAUUGUCAGCGGACUAGGUGGGGGGAUUCCAGACCUUGCCCUUUGUCAGGGGCACCAAAAUUUCUGAUGGCGGCCAUGACUUGGUCUACACGUAAACUGAGAUAGAUAUAAUAAUUUUUUUUUUUCUACUAAGCAGUGCAUCUAGGGGAAAUGUUGAAGGCAAUUUAAAAAAAAAAAAAAUUUGUAUAAUUUUUGAGUUUGCUUUGAUGUAAACAGCCCUGACAUGCUCUGUGCAUUACAAAGGAACACCGUAUGUAGUGUUUAAAUGAAAAUGACAAUUAUAACCACUGCAGCCUGCUGUAGUGGCUAUAAUGCCAAGAAUACACUGGCAGUCUGGCACCCUCCCAGAUUUAGUGAAACAGUUUGCAAAUGUUGCCUCAUCAAAGAGAGCCGGAAGCUCCUUUCACUGAGCUAGCCUGGGACUCCAUGGUUUAGCUCACUGGCUGAGUGAUCAGCUGACACUGCUAACGAAUUGGCUCCGGGGCCAGAUCUGCAUAUUGUGCGCUUAUAAAAUUCUAAGGUGCCCCCUGCUCCCCAAACUAAUAAAAAAAAAAAAAGUGUUUUAUUAACAGGACAUUAGACCUAAACAUUCAUAUAUGACAAUGGCAUAUAUAUGCAAGCAUGUGCAUACUUCUAACAUUAUCUUUAACACUACAUAUAUUUGUUACAAGUAGAAGUAGUUGUGGUAAAGGGGGUUAAGGUUAACAUCAUAGUGAAAUUACAUAGCGUGAUUAGUGUUUGAUUAACUGCUCAAUAGGGGUUAAAAUUGUGGUAUAUGGGCUGUUUAGGAUUUAGUUUAGUGGUGUUAAAGUUGGCAUUUGGGUACACUGUGUGUUUUUAGACUGGUUGGUUAGGUUAACUUUAGGUUUUUCUGGAGUAACUUGCAAUUAUGUGUUGCUCUAAAAACACAUAAUCCUGCUACACUGGGUACGCAUUUGGAAAAAAUAAAAAUUGCCCCACAAUGGUAAACAUUUUGUGAGGUAGUUUGAACAGCAAAUACUAGAAUGCUCAAUUAAAUCAAACACACAUAGUAAAAAUGGAAAAAUUGAUGUGGUCCUUAAGUAAAUAACAAGCAAAUGAAGCUUGGUCCUUAAGGGGUUAAUUGUUUAGUGAAUAAACACACUAUUGUGUUUACAUUGACUGCAGCCCAGCAACCAUGGGUAGAACUGAUUAAUACAAUGACCGCUUUCCCAUAAUACCCAAGGGGAGUGGUGGCUGAGCUGCAUUUCCCACAAAUGCCAAACAUACUGUGUAUAUAGACCUCAUCCUAAAUCUUAAUUUGCAUAGGUAAACAUCAUGACCCGAAUACACUCUUUUUUGCAAGUUAUAGAUCAAAUGACAGGUGCAGAACAUGACCCGCCAGGCACGCAGUUUCAACAUAAUUCAAAGUAUUUAAAUGUGGAUGUAUAUUUGACCAGUUUAUUUUUGGCAUUACAUACUUCAAUUUAUGCUACGGGCAAAUAAUUGAGAGGCUAUUGAUACAUUUUUAGGGUUGGGUUAAGGCUGGCGGUUUAUAGAAUAGUUUAAAAAUAGUCUAGCUUCCAAUACAAUCUCUCUAUCUGCAUACUAGUCUCCAAUCAUGUGUCUUCUUGCAAACCUAGUCCAAAACUGGCAAAAUAUUUUUUUUCACUAGCUACUAUUAGACUUGUGUAAUAGUGCAUGGUACCUCUUAGAAACAAAGUUUUGCUUAAUUGUGCGUCUAGUAAACUGGCUGCAACAGUGUCUUCUUUCUUUCUUUCUUUCUUUCUUUCUUUCUUUCUUUCUUUCUUUCUUUCUUUCUUUCUUUCCUUCCUUCCUUCUUUCUUUCCUUCCUUCUUUCCUUCUUUCCUUCCUUCCUUCUUUCUUUCCUUCCUUCUUUCCUUCUUUCCUUCUUUCCUUCUUUCCUUCUUUCCUUCUUUCCUUCUUUCCUUCUUUCCUUCUUUCCUUCUUUCCUUCUUUCCUUCCUUCCCUUCCUUCCUUCCUUCCUUCCUUCUUUCCUUCUUUCCUUCUUUCCUUCCUUCUUUCCUUCUUUCCUUCUUUCCUUCUUUCCUUCUUUCCUUCUUUCCUUCUUUCCUUCUUUCCUUCUUUCCUUCUUUCCUUCUUUCCUUCUUUCCUUCUUUCCUUCUUUCCUUCUUUCCUUCUUUCCUUCUUUCCUUCUUUCCUUCUUUCCUUCCUUCCUUCCUUCCUUCCUUCCUUCCUUCUUUCCUUCUUUCCUUCUUUCCUUCCUUCUUUCUUUCCACGUGGUUUGGGAUAAAUUUCCUAAUGCAUUGUAACAAGUGUUAAUUGGUAGUUUAUUUUUCUGCAGUCACCUUGGAGUAUCUUAUAAUUGUUUAGCGCUUCUCUUGUCAUGUAGUGAUCUGACAAGGAACUGGUAUUUGGCCAUCGUUGCCAGAGCAACACUAGCUUGCUAACCCAUUUUUACUCAAACUACCUAAAUUAUCAAAUUCUUGAAUAUAAACCUAGAAUUAGGGCAGUUAUGAAAAGCACCGUACAUGAAGAACUGUCUGCCCAGACUGAGGAAAAACUAGAACUCUCUGAAACUGCUUGAAUUCUCUGAAGCUGCGCAGCCAGUGGAAUUGCAAAUGCAUAAAUGUCAGAUAUGAAUAUUAAAUAUUUUACAUUUACUGUCAUGGUGUGUCCCUUUUUUAAUCUGUUUUUAAUACCCCUGGCCAUUGCAUAUUUCUGUGUACCCAACAUGGUACAUAGAAAUGUAUUUGACUUGGUUUAGUUUCAUUUAUAUAGUGUUGUGACUUAUCGAUUUGGUGGGGGGGAAAACAAACUUCCCACUUAUCAGCCAACUGUGUGACAUAGUGCUGGUGUAGACCUCAAUGUCAAAGAACUUACUGAAAGUAGCGUGCAGGAGAACCCUUGUACAGGUAGUUCUCCUGCUCUCAGCACAUCAACAGAUGUCACCUUUAAACAACAAAGUUUGAAAAAUAGAUAAGCUUUUAUAUUCUAUAUUUUAUCUAAAAUAAUGUUCAUUACCUACAGGUGUGGUUUUCAGUUAGGCAUAACAUUUUGUAUUAUAGUGGUCCUAUAGUUUUGUAAUGACUUUCAGUGGGUUAACUGUGAUUUAAAGAAACACUAUAUAGUCACCCAGACCACUUCAUCUUGAAGUGUUCUGGAGCAGUAGUUCUGUCACUUAACCCUUCAAAGUAAAACAUAGUAGGCUUUUUAUUGAAACUGUUUACAUUUCAGGGUUAAAACUACCUCUAGUGGCUGUCUUCCUGAUAGCCGCUACAGGUGCUUCCUCUUCCAGACAGAGGAAAACUUGGAGCACUACAUUUGGCUGAUCUUGCCUAGUUCCAACCCAUUGUCUCGAACGAGAUGUAAUGGAUUGGAGACUAUGGGUGAGGUCUGCUUGGAUGCAGACAUCAGUCUCUGGAGGCUACUGCAGAUGAGUCUUGGCACUCUAAAUGAGGUGAAUCAUUUUUAAUCUUGCACAGCAGAUGGGUGGACAGAAGGGAACCUAUAGUCCCAAAAUAAUGCUUUAAAAGGGGUAUGUGUGUAUACACACACACUAUGGGUUCCCUUUAAAGCUGCUUUGUCACCCCCCUGCAAAAAGAGUAUUUCAGAACAAUAAGUGAUGAAGUACUCGUAUUGACUAUGUUGGAAUUUCACUGAAAUGCCAAGCCAGUCAAAAGAUACUGAGACAAAGUAGGGAUUCAUAAGCCUGACACUUAUCAAUCACAAGUGAUGGCUGCAGGGAAAUCAGCUAUAUGCACUCACAGGAUCCUCCAUAUAGCUCUGUUGUAAUCUUGUGCAUGCUGGAAAAGGAUGGCAGUACACUUGAGGCACAGACUCGGGUAGGUAGAACUUGCAUUUGCCUGCUCUCUUGGCCAACGGACCUUCAGAUUACACAAUCAGUGGUCUUUGCAAAUUAUGUAAAGUUCUCAGAUGGUGGCAGUGCCACUUCAAAAAGACCUGCACCCGGUAUUUGUUAGGCCUUUGGCAACUGCGCACACUAACUUACUGUAGCACAACAUUAUGAAUUGUAAGUGUUAACUGUAUAAGAAUAGUAAUAUACUGGACGUACCCAUGUUACAAUAGUAGACACGUUGAUGCAAUUUUACAGACGAAGAAACUCAGAAUGCAAGUAUACUAUGGUAAAUUUAACCCUGUGUCACGGGGGGCCACUGGGGUCAUUAAUAAUAACCCUGCAAAAAGAUUGAAAAAAACAGACCUGCUGCCAAAACUUAAAAGUAGAAUUAAAAGGAAGGUGAAAAAACUAGGACCCCUACCAAGCCUGCAUUAGAUCAGUCCUCCCUGUUACACAACCAGUAUAGUGGUGAUCAGAAACAUUAUGGUCCAGCAGUGUAUACCACCACACCUUCACAUGGACCUCCUUUAAAAGUCCCUCAUCCCUCUGGGCCUCUCCAGAACAACUAAGAAUUGGCAUUGGCAGUAUAUUGCAUGGCUUUACUUUUUUAUUUUUUUUUAUUAAUAUUGUCCUCUCAUCGCACUACAGCAUGGUUUUAGUGGUUAUGGUGCCAGGAGUACCCUUGUGACACCCUUUUGUGAGAAGUCAGAUCACUUUUUGAUUACUUCUUACCAAUGGUCUGCCAGGGGCUGUUCCCUGCCUCUACUACAAUCUCCGGCAAGCCAGAAAUUACUCAGAUUGAACCUAUUACCUCACCAGAUCCGGGGGGAGAGGCAACGGGGCAAUCAGAUCUCCCUCCCUGGUCUGCAGGCACAGUGCUAGCAGCCGGCAGGGGAGGGAGAGAGGACCCGGUAGCUCAGCCUGCAGCUCUUCUGGGUCCUUCUCUUGCAAGCAUGGAGUGUUGCCACAGUUACCACGGCAACGCUCCGGAUCUCUCACGAGUGAACUGUAGCUACGGGCUAGAGUUCACUCUCACCACUGGGACCAUCGGGAUCGAGAAAUGUCCCCCCUCCCUCAGUAAAGGUAAGAAGGCACUUAUAAAAAAAAAAAUUAUAAACAAAGCACCCCCCCUACCCUCCUCACCACAUUCACACACUGCCCAUACACAUACCUUGCCCCCACACACCAUACAUUCACACAUUGUACCACUCACACACACACCACUGCUCCUAUGCCCUACUACAGCCCUAUAUCCUAGCAGACCCCAGGUAACUUGUCAAACUGUUCUUAAACGGUUUGACUACUUACCCUGGGAGGAGGUCCCGGCACCAUAAUCACUACACAGAGCUGUAGUGGUUAUUGUGCAUGAAUUAUUUCUUUAAAUCUACAAUUGCCCCUCCUGAGAUCAGGCUCUGGAUCUGCCACUGUACCUCACUGGCUGUGAAUAAAUAGUGGAUUCUCUCAGCCAAUGAACUAACCCUGCUUAGGAACUUCUGACUCUCUGUAUGAAGUGAAGGGGAAGAAAGAUUCUUGCCGGAGGAAUAUCACAGUACACAGCAGUAGCAGCACAUGGUUGCAAGAGAAACUUUAAAUUUUUGUAUUGUCACUUGUGACUAAUUCUUCCUCCAACGCCUGCUGUUCUGCUGUAUAAUAUUGAAUGCAGAAUGCCCUUGCUGAGGUCACUAAAAUUUUAAAUUCUUCCCUUAUCUGACCCAAAGUCUAGAUUUGUUAUAAGAAGCCAUCAGCUUGUGUUUUUAGAGAAUAUGUAAAAGUCUACAUUGGUACAAAAUGUUCUGGAAACCUGAAAUAAAGCGUGUAAUUUGUAACUUACAGGUGACUGUUGACGUUUCCUUUUACAUUUUAAAGCAAACAAACCUGAUCAGAUACUGUCCAAUGCCAAGUGACUUAACCAACCGUUGUCUUUCAAGGCAGGAGGGUUAUAGUCAAAUAGCAAUAUGUAACCUGUAGAUAAGAAAAAAUUGAAAAUUGCUACCGGCACAUCUGUAAAUGGGAGUUACAUAUUGUCUGUAGCUAUGGAUUGGUGGCUCCUGACUGUCACCACACAGUAGUAGGGGCAGGAAGAUUCCUCUCCUCUUAUAAGAAUUUGGUGCAUCCAUUUCACCCAUAACUUUUAUAAUGCAUAUGUUUUUACUUAUCAAGUUUCCUUCCUAUAUGGAAUGAUACAAUGUGUAUAGUGGGGAUUAUUCAGUACUUUUUGGCAGAGAGAUAUGGCUGUGAGGCUUUAUUUAGCCCGGUGAUUGAUCCAUGUGCAACUAGAAAAUCUUGUCGCAAUGGAAUUUGAGUGAUCUUGGAAAAAGUACAUUAUUUAUAAAAUGCAUUCACCUGUAUACUUCAACACAUGAGUCUGUCAUUAUUGUUUUGCUUUGUGAUGAAUUGUUUACUCUGGCGAGCAUUGUGAACCUGAUGUGCAUGCACGAUGAGUGCCAUGUGCAUUUAAGCUUACCUAUAGGAAAGUAUUGAAUAAAUGCUUUACUGGUGAACAGUCAUGUUGCGUGACUGUUUUACUCGUUCAUUGCAGCAAGGCGCCUACACUGCCUAUCAGUGUAGAAGCCACUGGGGGUGUUAAACCAUACAAGGUAAUCCUUGCUAAAUGAUAUAAAUGAACACUGCACCCAGGCCACUUUGAGAUAACGUGGCCAUGAGCACUUUAGUAGUCCUCUAUAAAGAAUCAAAUUUGAUUGCAGGCUUGAUAUUCACAAAGGAAAUCGAGAAAAUUAUUCUAGUAUAGUCACAAGUGCUCUGAAGGAUCAGAAGUCCCUGGGGAUUGAGACAGAUCAUAUUAAACUAAACUGCUAUGAAGAGGUGAGUAAAAAUACCAGUGGAUGGUCUGGCAUGAUCCACAUAGAUUUUGCUACAGUCCACUGAUAAAGGAAAAUGAUUUUGCACUUUCAAAACAGGCUUUCAGCUUAAUGGGAAAACGUACAUUGAGCACAAUUUGGUUUGUGUCAUGGGUCCACUUAGUUUUAAAAAUGUCAGUAUUUGAAGAUCUGACUAAAUUGGCUGGCAACUUGAAAAUUAUUUACAACCAAAUAAAAUUUUUUUUUUUUUUUUUUUUUAUAUACCCUUUGUAUUAUCUGGGUGUAAAUUAAAAAUGGAUAAAAUGAAACACUCCUGCAUUAAAGAGAUCAUAUCACCAUGCUUUCUGGCUGCUGAAAAAACAUUUUAUUGAAUCUGUUCAAAUGAAAGUAACACAUUAAUUUGUUACAAAAAGACAAAGCUCAAUUUGUCCCGGUUUCAUCCUGGAUAGAUCUAGUCUCUGACAAAGGAACCCCUCCUUUUUCAACCUUUUUGGUAUUUGUGGUGGUGUCCUUUCCUGGUUAGUCUGAUCUGUUUCAGGUUCUCCUUCUCUGGAACCUGCUCUUGUCCCAUCCUCUGGGGUACCUCAGGUUUCCUUCCUUGGCCUUACGUCAUGUUGGCAGUCAAACUGCUUCCUUUGAUUUUUCAACCUUACCCAUAUGCCGACAACACUUCUGGUCAUGAACACUGUCUUGGAUCAGUCACUGUAUACAAUGUAUGGCAUAUACAUGGCAUUCUACUGCUUAUAUUAAAAUCUUGCAGCUGUUGGCAAUCCCUUCACCUUUAAAUAAAUCUAAAAUAUCUUAUUGGUUAAUGGCACAAUCUAAUAAUUUGUCCAAACACCUGACCUUGGUGUCCAAUACAGUUGACUUGAUGAAUUCUGCUUGAAAGUGGACAGCUUUCCAACACUGCACCUUCUAUAUCUCGACUCCUAUAUCCAAAUACUAGUCUACCUUCAUUCUACUCAGGAUUUGUACCUUUCUUCUGCUGGUACACAUUCAGUCUCCAAGACUUGUGUGCUGCUCCUACAAUCUACUAUUACUUCCCACUUUGAGAUCUCCCAUGUUCUGCUGCUUUGACCUCUGGAUAAAAACUCACGGAAUUAGUGAAUUCUAUUGCAUCUCCCCUUUGUAAACUCCCAUAAAUUAAAGUGUGUACAUGUUACGGUGAACUCCCACAUAAUGUCUGUAGACCUGUUUCAUUGUCCAAUGUUGCAGAAUCUGCUGCUGUUUUAUAAAAAUAACCUGUAGUUGGUAAAGGAAAAUGGUUAUCUGGGUUUUUGGGUUUACAUUGCAUGUAUAGGUUUAUAUUUGGGAGGGGAAGUUAUCAUGUAGCAUGGUAUGUUGGUCCUGGAUGGUGACUAUUCUUGUGGUGAUUCGGUGAAGUAUGCAUUAAGCAAUAUCCUGUAUGAUGUAAUCUGUAUUGCUGAAUAUAAUUUGGGAAUUUGUCAUUGAAGGUUUUUCUUUGUGUCCCCCUCUUGAUUUCUCCAGUUCUAUAGUUUCUACACUUUGAAGUGCAGAAUACGAAUAUUACUAUUACCCGGGGACACACAUUUACAAAUUAUAGUAAUUAUUUAAUAUUGUUUAAUUUUAUUUUAAAUCCACCCAGCCUCCCUGGGAGAGCUGGAGUGGAUUGCUCAGCUCCCUCGCGCGCUGCUUAGUGAUGCCGGGAGCCAGUCUGAUGUCACAUUCCGGCUUCAUUAAGCGGUACGGAGGAAGCUGAGCAGGAAGAGCUCAGGUGAGUAUGCUCUCCCGCUGCCCGCCUCGGGAGGGGGCUCAAAAGUGUCCAGCUCUUGAGCCCCCCAGGACACGAGGCAAACCAGGGAUCUGCCUGGGCAUUUGGGAGCGGCUUUAUUUGCUGCCCCUGCAAAGUGCCGCCCAAGGCAGAUGCCUUGUUUGCCUCGUGGUCAAAAUAACCAAUCAACUUAAACACCGGGCCGGCUUUAGGGGUGUGUGAGCAGUGCUGCCAUUUAUGUUUAUAAAUUGGUUAAUCCAGCCUCUAGUGGAUGUCUCAUUGACAGCAGCUAGAGGGCUUCUGCGCUUCUCACUGAGAUUUUUCAGUGAGAAGACACCAGCAUCCAUAGGAAAGAAUUGUAAAUGCUUUCCUAUGGACUGGCUGAAUGCGCGUGCAGCUCCUGCCGCACAUGUGCAUUCAGCUGAAGGAGGAGAGAAGGAGAGCUCCCCCCAGAGCUCAGCGGGAGGGGGACCCUGAGGGUGGGGGCACACUCAGGGCACUAUAGUGCCAGGAAAACUAUUUUAAAAAUUUUGUUUUUCCUGGCACUAUAGUGGUCCUUUAAACUGCUUGUCUGCUCAUUUUGAGGUAGGACCCCCUGCUUAAAAUUAGAAGUAUUAAAUACCCAUUUAGGUCAAUAUGCAUUCACUGGUCCUCUUGCUGCUGUGAAUGAGUUAGUUUAAAGGGGCAUUAGAGACAUCCGGACUACUUAAUCUCACUGAAGUGAUCUGGGUGCAGUAAAGUUGCAGAGUUAAAGGAACUCUGUAGGCACUGUAUCUGAUUAAUAUAAUUAUAGUAGAGUUCCAUGUUGCCAUUUCAUUCAGCAUUAAAUAGUUUUUAAUGUUUUAAUACCAAAUGAUGUUCCCCAGCAUCCCAUCUGUGUUGCUUUGGCAAAUUAAGUAUUUAGCCUGAGCAGCAGUUGGCAGCUGUGACUGGCGGAGUGUGGCGCACUGCUUUUUGCCUCAGAACUCUGAUGGUAUAAAUGGGUAUGACUACAAUGGAGUCCACUGGUACUGUCCCUCCCUUCAAAGAGAUUAUGAUUUAUAGUGCCUACAGUGUCCAUUUAGGACUGCCUAUAGUGGCUGUCUAAUACACAUGCACUUCCUAUUGUUUCAUGGAGUUUAACUUCUUAAAAUGACACUGGACAUCCUCACACUUGGCAUGCGUCCAGCUUCUUGAAAAUCACCAUUGGAAAGCAUGCUCAAUGUGCAUGUGCUUUAGGUUCCUAGAACGUGCUGGUAAAGAAGCCCAAUCCAAUGCCAAGGGACCUCAGUGCUGGAAUCUGGUAAGUAGAAAGGUUUGCAACCCUCUCAUGGCCAUGCGUGAUGUGGAGGCAGAGAAACUGUAGGCUUGAAAUAGUUUUGUAUUCCUAACACUAGUGUUCCUUUAAAAAGAGCUCAAAGCACUAAAAAUGGGUAGGCACAAUAGGCUCUCAAAAUACUCUAAGAUGCUCAGCUGUAGUAUUAAAGUGGCUUGUGCUAGAUGUGGACCAUUACAGUGGUUUUCGAAUACUCCGUGUUAAUCAGUGCUUCUGGUUGCAUGGAUAAAUUGUAUCAAGGCCAGGCUGUUGGACACCUUAUCCUGUCAGCAGCUCUCCCUCAGAAGUUUUAAGACUUUUGUGUCUGUAAAAUUUAAGCCAUGCUAUAUUUAUGGCAGAGGUGUAGACAUGCCUGUAUUUGUAUCACAUUUCUGAACACUUGUCUGCCAUUGUUUCCACAUGAAUCCCCUUGAUUCAAGGACUCUGCAGUAUAAAGCAUUUCUAAAUAUCCACGUAAACUUGUCAAUGCUUAAAAGUACACCUGGCCUCCCAACAGUCAUGCUUUUGGAGACAUUCCUGAUUUUUUUUUUUUUUUUUUUGUGUGUGUCCUGUACCACCUUAGUUCCCUGGUGUCCCACUUUAUAUGCGCUUGUGCUUUGUAGUGGUCACUAGGACCAUGCAAGGAGCACUUCAGCAGCACACCCUGCAUGGUCCUAAAGGGUGGGAGCCACCCACACAGGUUGUCAAUUUUUUAUGGGUCAUGAUGUGGGUCAUGUCACUUGCAAGCCCUUCUCAGGGCCCCACUCUGCCUGCUACAAUUGUUGGCCGGUAUGGAACACUACCGCAUUCUAAAAGUGGCGGCAAGCUCUCAAAUACAGCGUAUAUUUAAAAUGUGACUUUAAAAUGACAACGGUUUUGCAGGUUCAUAUUUCAAAAUUGAUUUCUCCAUUUGAGCAAACCUUUGGGGCAGUAUAACAGCCAUGCAUCGGUCACAUGCUUUCUGGCUCAACAAAUGAGCAGCGCCUCCCACUGAUUCUUUUUGGGUCUAUGAUUGAGCAUUUAAUCUACAAAUUGAUUCUUUUCUUUAACGGAUAGUGACAACUAGACUGCAUAACCACUUGAGAUCUGCUACCUAUUUUCUGAAAUCUCUAACGAUCAUAUUGAAGGUCCUCUCCAAAAAUUAGAAACCGUUUUAGUUUCUAGGAGCAUCAUGAUGCAAGUAGACAGAGCCCUUAUUCACAGCUAUGUGUUACAGGUGCUCUGAUGCAAUUUGACAUGCUUGUGUAAAAUUACAAAUCUGUAGAACAAACCUCAUUGCCAGAAGGAGUAGAGAUAACAUUCUUGGUCGUCAAAGGAAAAGCUUUAUUUUACAUUCUUUAUGAAAUCACGAUUGUAAAAAAGCACCAAAAAUACUCUUGUGCAUUUAAUCCAUAAAAGUUGGCUUAAUCAAAAACAUUCACGUCUUUCAGGGUUAGUCCACAGCGACUUUUAGAAUUUGUAAUUGUUAAAUUGCAGCUCUGAGCUCCCCUACUGGUUUUGUGCCUAAAUGUGUUAGUGUGAACAACUAUAGCUUAUUAAGUGUUCUUGCAUAGCAAGACCACUUAAUGUUAUCUCGCAUAUAUAUUAUUCUUAUUAUAGCCAAAUUUACCACCCUAACUCCUCCCACAGUUUUUACACUACAUAGACCGUAAUAUACCGUAACGUGCGGAUUGUUCCAGAUUGGAUUGCUAUUACUUCGUGGAACGUUUCGCCGAAUGGUUCACGGAAUAUCGUCGUUCUUGUGGCGAAAUUGGUCCUAUAGGAAUGAAUGGCAAAAUGUUCAAAACUAGAGUGAGAGCUGGCAAAAGCUGAAAAAUCAGGACAUGAUUUCUAAACUGCCACCAGUCCCUCAUUUUCAAGCCCACGUUAUAUCAAAACGUUCAGCUAUCCCUGCUGCCACUAAACAUGUCCAUGGCUAAGCCAUAGUCCUGAUCGUUUUUGCAACAUGACCAUUUGUCUGCAACUCAUGCUGUUCAUUGACAUUCAUUGAAACUCCACUCUAGCCAGCUAAAAUUUAAAGGGCAAUUUCUAAACUGCGACUGUGCCUAUAUUUUUAAUAUUUCAGAGACCUACUAUGCAUCAAAAUGUAGGUCUGGGUCUUGUGAUUCUCACAAUAUAAAGCUCUUCACUGUAGGCUGUAUAGUUUUUACAAUACGACCAUUUGAAGAUGGCAACUGCGAAAAUACUCUGACCUGUGCCAGGCUGGAGCAGCAAGUGAUGUCAGACAGGGCCUUUUGUACACCUGCUAAUGGUUUUUAUAAAUGUAUGUUUUAACCCCUUAAGGACGGAGCCAAAUGUACACAUUGUGAACAAAACAAAAUGUAAACAAAACCUGGCAUUUGCGCUACAUGUCUGUCCAACCGUAAUACACCUCUUUAAUAGUAUAUGCACCCACCCUUAUUAUAUAUCAUUUUAUUCAGGAGAAACAGGGCUUUCAUUUAAUAUCAAAUAUUUAGCUAUGAAACAUAAUUUAAUAUGAAACAAAUGGGAGAAAAUACGUUUUUUUUUUUAAAUUUUUUUAGUUCUACAUGACAUUUUAACGGUCAAUGUCAUAAUACUGUUUGCUUUUACUGCAAUAAAAUACACAUUUAUAUUCAGUAAAGUCUCACGUGUAAGACAGUACCCCCUAUCUACAGGUUUUAUGGCGUUUUGGGAAGUUACAGGGUCAAAUAUAGCACGUUACAUUUGAAAUUGAAAUUUGCCAGAUUGGUUACGUUGCCUUUGAGACUGUAUAGUAGCCCAGGAAUGAAAUUUACACCCAUAAUGGCAUACCAUUUGCAAUAGUAAACAACCCAAGGUAUUGCAAAUGGGGUAUGUCCAGUCUUUUUUAGUAGCCAUUUGGUCACAAACACUGGCCAAAGUUAGCGUUAGUAUUUGUUUGUGUGUGAAAAAUGCAAAAAACGCCAAUUUUGGCCAGUGUUUGUGACUAAGUGGCUACUAAAAAAGACUGGACAUAUCCUGUUUGCAAUACCUUGGGUUGUCUACUAUUGCAAAUGGUAUGCCAUCAUAGGGGUAAUUUUCAUUCUUGGGUUACCAUAGGGUCUCAAAGGCAACGUAACCAAUCUGGCGAAUUUUAAUGUGAAAAAAAUAAAACGCAAGCCUUAUAUUUGACGCUGUAACUUUUGAAAACACCAUAAAACCUGUACAUGAGGGGUACUGUUGUACUCGGGAGACUUCGCUGAACACAAAUAUUUGUGUUUCAAAACAGUAAAAAGUAUCACAGCAAUAAUAUUGUCCGUGUAAUGCUGUUUGUGCGUGAAAAAUGCAAAAAAAGUCACUUUUACUGGCGAUAUCAUCGUUGUAAUACAUCUUACUGUUUUGAAACACUAAUAUUUGUUUUCAGCGAAGUCUCCCGAGUAGAACAGUACCCCCCAUGUACAGGUUUUAUGGUGUCUUGGAAAGUUAUAGGGUUAAAUAUAGUGCUAGCAAAUUAAAUUCCCUUUACUUUCGGCAUGGGUUGUCAAUUUCACUGAUGCUGGAUGUCCAGUGUCAGCGAACCCAGUAGACAGCCGCUAGAGGCAGUCUUAGUCCUGUAAUGUCAAACAUUGCAGUUUCACAAACUGGAACAAUUACAUUGCAGGACAAAGUUGGACAGGGACACUGCAACCAGACCCUUCAAUGAGAUAGAGGUCUAGGUGCCUAAUGUGUCUCUGCUACUGCUGAAGUUUAGUUUCCUUAUACUUGCUCUUCUUGAAAACCUGUUCUAAGCCAUGCAAGUUUUCACAUAUAUGUUUUCAGAGGGUUAUAAAAGAUGUCAGAGUAGUGGGGACAAAUGUGAUUGUCAUAGAGCUAACAUUUGUGAAUAACUUUUUAUAAGGGUAAUGUCAGCAGGGGAGAGUCAGGCUGCUGAGAACUUUGCAUCAGUGCUGGAACAGAGGUUGGUUAUUGUGCUUGCACUUAUCUUGUGGUGGUCAGGGGGGGGGGGAAGUUGGGCAGUGCAGAUCAGUAAAACCCUUCUAUAAACCUUUAUCAUAAAGCAGGUGUUGCUUAUGGGUCCUUCCAUAUUUCAGGCUGUACAUACUUAAUGCUUUCUCACUGAGGGCACAGCCAUUUACCUCCCAAGGGCCUUCAGCACUCAGUGCUUAAUCUGCCCACUCCUGUUGUAUGCCUGUGCUUGAGUACAGUUGCAGACUAUGGAAUGUUCUGCAGUAUUCACAUGGGAAGAUGCCUCUUCCCAUGGUGUUGCUAGUGAAAGCUACUUUCUACUUGUGUCACACAUACGUUUUUCAAAUCUGCUUAUACAAACCGCUUAAUGGUAUAACAUUAUUUGAAUAUGAUGUAUGUUGGCUACCAACUCUGUAUUGGACUGUAAGUAGGACUGGCAUGUUUGACUAUGACCCAUUCAUUAAACAAAGUAAUAGUGAAUAGAAACCCAAACUGCAAAAGUUAAGUGGAGAAUGUGUAUGUGGACAUGUUCCAUUUCUGCUAUAUUCAUGGCUUGGCUAUUCUAGCCUAAAUUUUGCAGUAAAACUAAAUGGAAAUGGUAACAGUCCACUCACACAGGACCUCCAAAAAUCUUUAGAAAAGUUAAUAUUCUUAAUAUUACUCUGUAUGUGGCUUGGUUCCCCUUAAGAGAAUUUAUUGAAUCUGUUUGUUGCAGGAACUAUACACUGUGUGACUAGCAGUGGCAGCAUAUCUGGUAUAAAAUCAAAUUGUCCGCUACCACAUACACAUGAUGGCACAAGUGGCAACUUGGAAACACCAGUUUUGAAUCCUGUUCCUACUUAUAUACAUAUUUAAAUGGAAGCCACCAUCCUUCAUAGUUAUGCCACUGACAGUAUCUAUAUGACUGUCAAAGGGGACAAUAAGGCUAAUGGCAGGCAUAGGUGGGAACUGGGGCCUCAGCAUAGCCCAAAACAGCAAGUUUUUAUGUAGGCCUUCUUAAUUAUAAUGCAAUAUACAUAGCACUUUAUAAUUUAAGCAAAACCAUAUAGCUGGGUUUAGACAGAAAUCGUGUUUUUUUUUUUUUGUUUUUUUAUAGUGCAGAAAAAAACUGAGGUUUCUAAAGAGCAAUAUGGAGUGCCCUUUUCAUCUUAGACAAUCAACUAGACUGUUCUACUAAUUAGAUUAGCUUUACCCAUUUGCUUCCUGAUAACUGUACAACCUACAGCAGAUAAGCUUAAUUGACAAAUGCAUGAAAGGCACUGUGCUGUGGCUUCAAUUGGCAUACUUUCUAGAAAUCAGAAUUUCUGUGUAUUUGGUAAGAUUUCACAUUGAGCUAGUGGUAGCAAAAAGCAUAUGCUGCAGAUUAGGGCAGAUGCUAUAAAACUUGAAACUAAACCUCACUGCAAUAAAUUGUGCUGGUGUCUGCAGCAGGGCCGUCUUUAACACGGGGCAGCUGUCCCGGGCCCUGUCCCUGCUGGGGGGCCCAAGACAGCUGCUCCGUUUGCCCUCUGCCCGCAAACUAUGGGGGCCCAUCGGGUGGCCCAUGCACUUAGGGCCACCCGGUGGGCCUGUGUCAGCAGGGGCCCGGUCAGGUGCUGUGGCACUUUAACAGCGCGACCGGGCCCUUGCUUUUCGGAAGCACUGGGAGGAAGUGACAGCCACGUGUCUCUUCCUCCCACAAACAGGAGCUGCGCGGGAGGAAGGAGGACCAGCUGUUCCGGAGGGGGCCAGGCCGGGAGAGCUUAACUCCCAGCCAGCUAAGCCAGCCCACUCAAAUUUUGCAUGAGUGUCUGAGUGUGUGUGUCUCUGUGUGUAUGUGUGACAGAAUGUCUGUCAGUAUGUCUGUGUGUCUGUCAGUGUCAGUGUGGUUCUGUAUGUCUGUGUUUGUCAAUAUGUCUGUCAGUGUCUGUGUGUUUCAGUAUGUCCAUCUGCCUGUGUGUAUGUGCCAGUAUGUCUGUCAGUGUAUUUGUAUGUCUGUGUGUGAUUGAGUCUGUCAGUGUCUGUGUGGCUCAGUAUGUAUGUGUGUUUCAGUAUGGCUGUCUGUGAGUGUCAAUGUCUGUAUGUAUGUGUGUACAUCUGUGUGUGUGUUUCAGAAUGCCUGUCUGUGUGUGUGCCAGAAUGUCUGUAUGUCUGUCAGUGUGUCGGUAUGUCUAUGUGUGAGUCUGUCAGUGUCCGUGUUGUUCUGUAUGUCUGUGUGUGUCUCUGUGUCAGUAUGUCUGUCAGAAUGUGUCUCUGUAUCUGUAUGUUGUCCAUUUGUGUUUGUGUGUAUCUGCAUGUGUGUCAGUGUGUAUCUGCAUGUGUGUCAGUGUGUAUCUGCAUGUGUGUCAGUGUGUAUCUGCAUGUGUGUCAGGUUGUGUAUCUGCGUGUGUGUCAGGUUGUGUAUCUGUGUGUCGGUGUAUCUAUAUGUAGUCAGUCUGUGUACCUUUGUAUCGGUGUAUCUAUAUGUAGUCAGUCUGUGUACCUUUGUAUCUGCAUGUAUGUCAGUGUUUGUAUCUGUAUCUGCAUGUGUGUCAGGUUGUGUAUCUGUGUGUGUCAGUGUAUCUAUAUAUAGUCUGUGUGUAUUUGUAUGUUCUUGUGUGUAUCUGCAUGUGUGUCAGGUAGUGUAUUUGUGUGUAUCUAUAUGUAGUCCGGGGGCCCAAGUAAAUGCUUGCCCAAGGUCCAAUCAACAUUAAAGAUGGCCCUGGUCUGCAGUGUCAAUUUUUAAAUGCUAAAGUGUCCAUCAAAUUGGAAUGGCAAACUGUUCACCACUGGUGUUGAAAUAACUUUUUUGUAACCUAUUUUAACAGAGAUCUGACAUGCUUACUUGUGCAACUCUGAGUUAAGGAAAUGUAUAGGUUGACAUUUCUUAUUUUGACUCAGAAGAUCAAUCCUUUAAGAAAGCAAUACUAUUGUGGAGCAAAGCCUAUAGUCUUGGUGGUGGAUGCUUAUUUUAAUUGAACUGUUAAUUUUGUGAAUCAAUACCAAUCAUCAUUUUUGUAUUUCCUUUACACACAAAUGUACUACAAAUAUUGAGUUUCUUCAUAUAUUUUUAAGAAUAACCAAAUAGAAGAAGUACAGAUUCACCCACUUGUGGAUAGAACACACUUAUAGUGGGUAAUAAUUAGAAAACUAAAUAAUUACCCUUGAACUAAAUGUAUUGCAGAUUAGGACUCCUCCAGGUCCUCAAUAAAUAUGAACAAAAUAGGGAUAAAUCUACAAUACAAUGAUAACAGAAAAAAACAUAGCAUAAUACUGUUGAUGGUAAAGAAAGAGUGGAAAUAUAGAUGAUAAUUCACACUCACAAACCAAAAUUGAUUGUAGGCAUAUCUUAUAGAACGAUGAAUAUCUCAGGAUAAGUGGAACGUCAGGAUGUACAUAGAAGGAAAUAAAACAGCAUAAUAGUGCAGAGUAUCUUGAUAAGAAAAUACACUUUAAUAAUAAGGCACACUUACAAUAUUGUAGUGGCAAACAGGCAUAUAUAAAACCACCGGUCUUGGGAUCAUAAGAUGAAUCACAGGAUCAACAGGAUCAAAUAUAACCAGCAGGUCCAAAUAAAAUAAAGUAAAACAACCUGAUAAGAUAAUAAAAAACUCUAAACACUAUAAAUGCUAUGACAAAGCCCUACGCGUUUCGUUCAAACGUCCUUGAACUUCCUCAGGGGCAAAAAAGUCCUUCUGUAUGCAGGUAUAGUAUAUACGCAUAUCAGGUGGAACGCAUAGAUAGAGAUCCGGAAGAGAGACGUGAGCCGCAUUUCCGGUUGCGUCAACAGGUCGCACCCGGAAGCACUACAGAUAGACGAACCCGGAAGUAAGUGAACAAUUGGAGGAUUUUUUUCGGCGCGCCAAACCGGACGGAUUUAAAAGCCAGGUACAUUAUGUGGACAACUAUACCUGCAUACAGAAGGACUUUUUUGCCCCUGAGGAAGUUCAAGGACGUUUGAACGAAACGCGUAGGGCUUUGUCAUAGCAUUUAUAGUGUUUAGAGUUUUUUAUUAUCUUAUCAGGUUGUUUUACUUUAUUUUAUUUGGACCUGCUGGUUAUAUUUGAUCCUGUUGAUCCUGUGAUUCAUCUUAUGAUCCCAAGACCGGUGGUUUUAUAUAUGCCUGUUUGCCACUACAAUAUUGUAAGUGUGCCUUAUUAUUAAAGUGUAUUUUCUUAUCAAGAUACUCUGCACUAUUAUGCUGUUUUAUUUCCUUCUAUGUACAUCCUGACGUUCCACUUAUCCUGAGAUAUUCAUCGUUCUAUAAGAUAUGCCUACAAUCAAUUUUGGUUUGUGAGUGUGAAUUAUCAUCUAUAUUUCCACUCUUUCUUUACCAUCAACAGUAUUAUGCUAUGUUUUUUUCUGUUAUCAUUGUAUUGUAGAUUUAUCCCUAUUUUGUUCAUAUAUUUUUAAGAGCUGAAAAGGAAGAUCUUUUUAACACCAAUUGGGUUCCUGCUGAUGGCUUUCUUUAUUUUGAUAAGGUCUACAAUCCACAGUGGAUCAAUAUUCCCUAUGAACUAGUUGUACAAUUGUGCAUUAGUGAUUUUUGAGAGGGAAACCCUAAUUUUUAUUGCUCUCUUCUUAGAUAAGGAAUAUUGAAUGCAUUUUAUUUAUAUAGUGCCAGCAAAUUCCAUAGUGCUGUACAAUGGGUGAAUUAACAGACAUGUAAAUGUAACCAGACAAAUGGACGAGGGGGUGGGGGAGAGAGAGGAAUGAAAAUCCGCUAACAGUUUAAGCAGCAUUAUGUAGCAUUAUAUCUACCUGGAAGCCAAUGAAGGGACUGACAGAGGGGGAGUCGUGGGAGGUGCGGGCGUAAACGAAAAUAAGCCUUUCCGCUGCAUUCAUAACUGCAUUGGUGCAAUUUAAUUCCACUAAGAAGGGGAUUGCAGUAGUCACGGUGAGAGAAUGGCAUAGACCAGCACCUUAACCACGUCUGGUGUUAAAUUGGGGCGGUUGCAAGCAAUGUUUGAGAUGGAAGCGGCAGGGUUUGGCGAUCGACUGGACAUGAGGGGUGAAGGAGAGGUUGGCGUCCAAGAAAACACCUAGGCAGCGAACCUGUGAGUUAGAGGUGAUGGUGGUGCUGUUGACAGGGAGGGAGACAUGAAAAUAGCAACACUUGAGGGAGGAAAGGCCAGAAGUUCUGUUUUGGACAGGUUGAGUUUAAGGCAGUGAGCAGCCAUCCAGUUGGAAAUCAUGGAGAGGCAGUAAGAUACAAGGUCAAGAUGGGUGGAGAGGACAGGUAGAUUUGUCUCAUCUGCAUAUAAGUAAUGAUGGAAGCCAAAUGAGCUGAUGAGAACAAAGGGAGGCAGUAUAGUUAAGAACAGACCAAGGACUGUUAAUUUUGGGGGGGACAGAGGGGUUGGGGAGAAGAGGCAGACAGAAAAAAACAAUAAAAUUGCUGGGAGAGGUAGAAACAUAGAAUGUGACGGCAGACAAGAACCAUUCGGCCCAUCUAGUCUGCCCAAUUUUCUAAAUACUUUCAUUAGUCCCUAGUCUUAUUUUAUAGUUAGGAUAGCCUUAUGCCUAUCCCACGCAUGCUUAAACUCAUUUACUGUGUUAUCCUCUACCACUUCAGCUGGAAGGCUAUUCCAUGCAUCCACUACCCUCUCAGUAAAGUAAUACUUCCUGAUAUUAUUUUUAAACCUUUGUCCCUCUAAUUUAAGACUAUGUCCUCUUGUUGUGGUAGUUUUUCUUCUUUUAAAUAUAGUCUCCUCCUUUACUGUGUUGAUUCCCUUUAUGUAUUUAAAUGUUUCUAUCAUAUCCCCCCUGUCUCGUCUUUCCUCCAAGCUAUUCAUGUUAAGAUCCUUUAACCUUUCCUGGUAAGUUUUAUCCCGCAAUCCAUGAACCAGUUUAGUAGCCCUUCUCUGAACCCUCUCUAAGGUAUCAAUAUCCUUCUGAAGAUACGGUCUCCAGUACUGUGUACAAUACUCCAAGUGAGUUCUCACCAGUGUUCUUUGCAAUGGCAUGAGCACUUCCCUUUUUCUACUGCUAAUACCUCUCCCUAUACAGCAAAGCAUUCUGCUAGCAUUUCCUGCUGCUCCAUUACAUUGUCUGCCUACCUUUAAGUCAUCAGAAAUAAUCAUCCCUAAAUCCCUUUCCUCAUAUGUUGAGGUUAGGACUCUAUCAAAUAUUCUGUACUCUGCCCUUGGGUUUUUACAUCCAAGAUGCAUUAUCUUGCACUUAUCCACAUUAAAUGUCAGUUGCCACAAUUCUGACCAUUUUUCUAGUUUACCUAAAUCAUUUGGCUUAUCCCUCCUGGAACAUCAACCCUGUUACAUAUCUUAGUAUCAUCAGCAAAAAGACAUACCUUACCAUCAAGACCUUCUGCAAUAUCACUAAUAAAAAUAUUAAAGAGAAUGGGACAAAGUACAGAUCCCUGAGGUACCCCACUGGUGACAAGUCCAAACUUCGAAUAUAUUCCAUUAGCUACAACACUCUGUUGCCUGUCACUCAGCACUGCCUUACCCAUUCAACAAUAUUGGAAUCCAAACUUAAAGAUUGCAGUUUAGUGAUAAGUCUUCUAUGUGCAACACUGUCAAAAGCCUUACUGAAAUCGAGGUAAGCAAUGUCUACUGCACCACCCUGAGCUCUAAUUUUAGUUACUCAAUCAAAAAAUCAAUAAGGUUAGUUUGGCAUGAUCUUCCUGAAGUAAACCCAUGUUGUCUCUGAUCUUGAAAUCCAUGUGUUUUUAGAUGUUCAACAAUCCUAUCCUUUAACAUGGUUUCCAUCACUUUCCCCACUACUGAAGUAAGGCUUACUGGCCUAUAGUUGCCCGACUCCUCCCUAUUACCUUUCUUGUAAAUGGGCACAACAUUCGCUAACUUCCAAUCUUCUGGGACUACUCCUGUUAACAAUGAUUGGUUAAAUAAAUCUGUUAAUGGUUUUGCUAGUACACCACUAAGCUCUUUUAAUAGCUUUGGGGGUAUUCCAUCAGGUCCCAUUGACUUAUUUGUCUUUACUUUUGACAGUUGAAAUAGAACCUCUUCCUCUGUAAACUCACGUGUAAUAAAUGACUAAUUUAUCCUUCUCAACUGAGGUCCCUUUCCUUCAUUUUCAUCUGUAAAUACAGAACAAAAAUAUUCAUUGAGGCAGUCAGCUAGACCUUUAUCCUCUUCUACAUACCUUCCUUCUUUUGUUUUUAAUCUAACUAAUCCUUGUUUUACUUUUCUUUUCUCAUUUAUGUAUCUAAAAAACGUUUUAUCCCCAUUUUUUUUACCGACUGUGCUAUUUUCUCUUCUGUGUGUGAUUUGGAAGCUCUUAUAACUUGCUUAGCCUCGUUCUGCCUAAUCUUAUAGAUAAUUUUGUCUUCCUCACUCUGGGUUUUUUUAUAAUUCCUAAAUGCUAACUUUUUGUUUUUAACUAUUUUAGCCACAUCUGCAGAGUACCAGUGGUUUCUUGAAUUUUUUUGCUUUUACUGACAAGCCUAAUGCAAUUUUCUGUUGCCUUCAAUAGUGCAACUUUUAAUUAAUCCCAUUUCUCUUGGACUCCAUUUAAAUUGCUCCAGUCUGAUAAUGACUCCUCUACCCAUAUUCUAAUUUUAGAAAAGUCUGUUUUUCUAAAGUCUAAAACUUUUGUUUUUGUGUGGUGUGACUCAGUCACUGUUUUUAUAUUAAACCACACUGACUGAUCACUGGAUCCUAAACUUUCACCUACAGUAAUAUCUGAUACCAAAUCUCCAUUUGUUAACACUAAAUCUAGUAUGGCCUCUUUACGAGUUGGCUACUCAACUUGUUUUAGAGUCAAUCCCAGUAGGGAGUUUAGAAUAUCUGUGCUCCUAGCACAAGAGGGAGGAGCACCAGGAGAGAGCAGUAUCUUGUAGACAGAGCUUAUGGAGCAUGAGAAGCGGUUGAUAAUCAAGUGUCAAAGGCAGCAGAAAGAUCAAGGAGAAUUAGGAUAGAGUAAUGGCCGCGAGACUUUAAAUCAUUGGAUACUUUGGUCACAGCUGUUUCAAUAGAGUGACUAUUGUGGAAUCCAAACUGAAGAGUUCAAGCAGAGACGCAACUCUCAAGGAUCUUAUUAUUUAUUUUUUUUAUUUAUUUAUUUUUUUUUUUUAUAAGCUUGUUUUUAAAGAGAGAUCUAUAUAGAGGUGCAAUAUUAAGCCUUCAGAAUUCUGCUGUCUGUUCAUAUUCAACCAAAUCCCAUACCAGAUGAAAUUUAAAAAACCAUUAAAAAUUAAACUGCAAAAAUCUCAAAACCCAGAGUAUUUUCAACACACAGGUGGCAUGAUGUAACACCAAUAGUUGGCAGAGAUGUUGACAAAUGAGUUAAUAGAACAUGGCAUGUAAUCGGGUGAGUGAUAUUAGUUGUAAAUAUUGGCCAAUAUUAAAGGAACACUAUAGGGUCAUGAGCACAAAUGUGUAUUUUCCCUUUAGAAAUCCAUGUUGUAAAGCACUGCUUCUAAUCUGGAGGGAAAAACAGGCAGGCAAUCCCCUAAAUUUUCAAAUACCUCCCCCAAUUACCUUUUUCACUAUAAUGUGCCUCUUACCCCAAACAGCCCCAGCUCUCUGCCUGCCUUCGGCAGAGGAGGGUGUCAGGUUUUUUUUUUUGGUUUUUUUUCCGGAAGUAUGAUGAGGGCUGAGGCUCUGCUUCUUUUCGGAUAUCCUGCCAGGGGUAAGCACACCGGACGACUGCAUCUCCCCUGCUUUUAUUUUGGUUCUAUCUAUACCAUGCUGGGCAGACUAUGGUGCACAUGCGUACGCUAGCUGGUAGGUUCUGGCGAUGAAACACAAAUUUUGGUUUCCAAGACUUAGAGACUAACCAGCAGCAACUGUUUGCCAGGUGCACUCCGAAUCUGUUGCAAGUGUGUUCUCACCUGCCCUCCAACACACUUUGAGACCAUUUAAGGGAAGCAUUUUUGCUUUUAUCUUAUGUGAGUCUAGCCUGAAUUGUAAAGUUUUAUAUUGUUCAGCUUUUCUUUUUUUUUUUUCUUCAGUAUGUCUAAUCCUGAGACUGCAGAGCGCUUCAGAGAGGGGGAAAUGUUCUGCGAAAUCUAAACAUUUAAGUUGCGCUGCAUGUUCCCAAUCCAUGCCAGACAGCUAUAAGGGAAAGAUCUGUUCCAAUUGUAUUUAAAGAGGCUUCUGAGCAAGCAAAGAAAUAGGAAAUUACUACUUUCCUAAGUUGGUUCCAGUAAAGUCUGCAACAAACAUUUGUUGAAAUGGAGAUUGCAGCCAUUCAGUCUGCUCAGGCCUCUGCUUCCCAGGAUUCUCCAGUAAAAAUCUGGCCAAUAAAAAGGCCUAGAUCAUGGGAAUUGUCUGACGUAAGCUCUGUAUCUUCGCUGUCAAAAUCAAGAGAUGGGGAUUCUAGUGAUUCUUCUGAUGAAGAAUUUUCUUUUCAAAAGGAAUCUAUUGGAAAACUGGUAAAGGAAGUCCAGUGUCUGAUGGGUGCUAAGGAACAGUUCAGGAGCAAAGGAAAGCAAUCCAAGGUUUUCCUUUUCCUCCACAGUUAAAGGAUUUGAUUCUAAGGGAAUGGAAAUUCCCAGGAAGGAAGCCUUUUAUUUAUAAACACUUUUUUUAAAAGCUCUUUUCCAUCAGUGAGGAUCCAGAGUGCCUCUUGAACCCUUUACCAUCAGUGGAUGUCCCCAUAGCUCAGCUGGGAAAGACUACCACUUUACCUAUAGGGGAUUAGAGUGGCUUGAAAGAUGCCAUGGAAAACCUAUCCAUUCUUCCUUAAAGAAACUGUCUCCUCAGCAUCUCAAUCCAAAGCACUGAUUGCAGGUACUUCAGUGGCAAAGGCACAAACAUUGGCUGGAAGAAUAAGAAAAGAUUUAUGUAGGUGAAUCCAAAGAAGAUCCAAUCAUCUUGUUACAAAAAAAUCAAGCUGGCAUCUGACUUCCUAGUUGAUUCCUCUUGAAAGUCUGAAUAUCUCGACUAAGACUAUGGGUUUAGCUACGGUGGCAAGAAGAGCAGUAUGGUUGAGAAGCUGGUCAGCUGAUUCAGCAUCCAAAAAUUCUCUAUGUGAAAUUACAUUUCAACCAGGCAGACUUUUUGGUUCUAAACUAGAUCUUUUGAAAUAAAUGAAGGAUGGGCAAAAGGCUUUUCGGAGAAACUCAUACAGGGGUCAACAAAGGAAGGGGUUUGAUUACAGAAGAAAAGUUCUCUGACAAAAGAAUAGAAACUUAUGACUCCAUUCCUGUUGGAGGAAGACUCACGCACUUUCUGGAUUGCUGGCAGAAAACUAUCUCGGAUCGCUGGAAUCUUUCAGUGAUAAGGAAUGGUUACUAUCUGGAUCGAUCAGAUCACAAAGAUAACUUUUAUGCUCUUAAGUCCACUUGACUGCGACAGAAAAGGCUCUGAUGGGAGAAGUGUCAAAGCUUCUUCAAAAGAAUGUAAUAGAAAGGGUGCAACUAAAAGAUUCCUGGACACUUAUUCAAGGUUCUUACAGACCCAUUCUAGAUCUGUUUCAUAUGGAAACAAAGUCUGCAACUCAAAUUAUUCAACCAGGCAAUUGGCUGAUAUCUCUAGAUCUAAAAGACGCCUAUUUACACAUUGCCAUCGCGGAACCCAGCAAAAGAUUCUUAAGGUUCGCUAUCCACUUCCAGAGUCAGACGCUACAUUAGCAGUUUAGAGCUCUUCCCUUUUGCUCUUUUUUUUUUUUUUUUUUUUUCAGCCCCAAGAUUCUGGUAGUCCUUUCAGCAGAUUUAAGGGGAAGAGGCAUCAAUGUCAUCCCUUAUUUAGAGGCUCUAAAAAAUCAUGGUUGAUUGAUAAAUUUUCGAAAGUCAGAAUUAGUCCCAGUCCAAAGAAUUCAGUUCCUGGGUCUGAUUAUAGACAGUCUGUAUGAAGAUCGAUCUUCCAGAAGAAAAAACAAAGAUUGCUCUGGCUAUUAAGAACCUCAGAGCAAUAUGUUUGUGCUCCAUCAGAGAAUCAAUGAGUUUGCUGGGUCUUUUCACAGCCUCUAUCCCAGCAGUCAAUUGGGCAAAGGCCAGAAUGAGACCUCUUCAAAGAAACAUUUAAAACUUCUGGAACAAGUAAAUGUACAGCUUGGACAUGCCUAUAAAACUCAGGCGCUGAAGAGUUUUCUCUGGUGGACCUUGUUGCGUUUCCUGCAAUCAGGCCUUUCUUUCCAAAUGAAGUCAUUCAAAAUUUUAAGAUGCCUGAGGUCUCUGCUGGGAAGCUCAUUUGGGAGAAAAGAAGAAACAAGGAAUUUGGCGAGUGAAAGAUUUAAGAAGUUCGAACUGAAGGCGUUCUGGCUGGCUCUCGUUGCCUUUCAGAACAAGGUCCAGAUCAGGUCAGACAGUUCUACGAUAGCGUAUAUAAACAAACAAGGAGGAACAAGGUCGACUGGUUUGGAAAAUCUUUGUUUGAGAAUCGUGCUGUGGUCAGUUUCACCUUCUGUCGAUUUCAGCGGUUCACAUAAAAGGAUAAUUCAACGUUCUGGCAGAAUCUCUGUAGUCAACAUUUAAAACGAGCAGAUUGGUCCCUUUCUUCCCAGAUCUUCAGUCAAAUAGCAAAGAAAUUUGGUUAUCAAGAAUAGACCUUUUAUGGCUUCAAGAUCAAACAAGAAAACAAGAUUUGCAUCUUUGAACCCCGCAGACAGACCAGAGAUCAUAGACUUUCAAUUCCAUGGAAAUUCAGCUUAGCCUAGCCUGUGUUUCUUCCUAUUUUGCUUAUAUCCAGGAUUCUACAGAAGAUCAGGAUGGAAAAGGUAAGCAUGAUCAUAAUUCUCCCUUGGUGGCCGAGAAGUUGGUUCGGAGUUCUCCGAAAUAUACCCGGUUCAACCUUUUUGGAAACUUCCCCUGUCAGACAUACAGAAAUACUCCAUGGUACCACUUCUGACUAUGAAGAAAUUCAAAUUGACUGCCUGGUUUCUGAAUACCAGAUAUUAAAGAGAAGAGGUUUGUCUCCUGAAGUUAAGAUUUUGAUGGCUGCUAAAAGAAUCUAUUUCCAAGAUUUAUUCCAGAAUAUGGAAGUUUUGUUGUUGGUGUAUUAAAGUCAAAGAAAAUCCCGUAACUACUUCCAUUCCAAACAGCCUUGGUUUCCUUCAGAUGGGCUUUGCAAAAGGACUGAAACCAGCCAUGCUCAAGGUCAAAAUUUCGGCUAUUAGUUUUUCGUUCAGAUGUUCGGCUUCGAAUAUUCUAAUCACCAGAUUUUUCAAGGUGCUGUCUCGAUUGGUUCCUACCAUCAGGGAAACUUUCCUCCAUGGGAUCUUAAUUUGGUUUUAUCAGCUCACUGCGAACCUCUGUUUGAACCUCUAGAAAAGUUUUCUCUGAAGGUUUUAUCGUUCAAGACUUUGUUUUUGGUGGCUAUUACCUCGGCAAAAGAUUGGUAGAACUUAAUUCAAAUUUUUUCUUUUUUUUUUCUUUUUUUUUUCAUCAGGACAAAGUGGUGGUAAAGCUGGAUCCUUCUUUUAUUCCCAAGGUUUGUUCUUCCUCUACCAUCAAUCAAGAAAUAAUUUUACCUACUUUGCCAACAGCCUUCUAAUGCAUUGGAAGUCAAAUUCUACUGCCUGGAUGUUGAGAUCUCUGCUGCAGUACCUGGAAAGUACAAAGUCCUUUAGGAAAUCUAACACUGUCUUGUUUGAUGGCUUCAAAAGGCUCUCUGGCCAGAUGGUUAAGACUUCAUUAAUUUUGCUUAUUACACAUCCAACGUUUCUGCACCCAUCUCCAUUAAAGAUCAUUCUACCAGAGAUAUGUCCACAUCUUGGGCCCUGCAGACUUCAGUUAUGCCAUCUCAAAUUUGUUCUGCAGCCACGUGGUCAUCUCUUCACACGUUUACUUAAAAUUACAAAUUCGACAUACUGGCCUCGGAAGACGCAACUUUUGGGCGCAAGAUGUUACAAGCCGUUGUGCAAUGAGUCCCGCCCUUAGGGGAUUGCUUUGGUUAUCCCUGUUCUGAAGCACUGCCUCUAAUCUGAAGGGAAAAGCUUACAUUUUUUACUUACCGUAAAUUUAUUUUUCCUGCAGAUUAGAGGCUGUGCUCACUCCCCCCCCCGAUGUUCUAAUAAACUAAAUUUUUGCAGUUACCCAGCUUUUGUAUUUGGGGUUAUUUGGGGUAAGAGGCACUGUAUAGUGCAAAAGUUAAUUGGGUGAGGUAUUUGAAAAUUUGGGGAUUGCCUGCCUUUUUUUCCCCUCCAGAUUAGAAAUACCUGUUGUAAAGCACUGCCUCUAAUCUUAAAGGACCACUAUAGUGCCAGGAAAACAUACUCGUUUUCCUGGCACUAUAGUGCCCUGAGGGUGCCCCCACCCUCAGGGACCCCCUCCCGCCCGGCUCUGGAAGGGAGAAAAGGGGUAAAACUUACCUUUUUCCAGCGCUGGGCGGAGAGCUCUCCUCCUUCUCUCCUCCUCAGUUCCUCCACGUCGGCUGAAUGCGCACGCGUGGCAAGAGCUGCGCGCGCAUUCAGACGGUCGCAUAGGAAAGCAUUCAUAAUGCUUUCCUAUGGACGCUGGCGUGCUCUCACUGUGAAAAUCACAGUGAGAAGCACGCAAGUGCCUCUAGUGGCUGUCAAGGAGACAGCCACUAGAGGCUUUGGGGGAAGGCUUAACCCAUUAAUAAACAUAGCAGUUUCUCUGAAACUGCUAUGUUUAUUAAAAAAAUGGGUUAACCCUAGCUGGACCUGGCACCCAGACCACUUCAUUAAGCUGGAGUGGUCCUUUAAGGAAAAAAUAAAUUUACAGUAAGUAGAAAUGUAAGCUUUCUGACCCUAGUGGUAAAACCACCAUUUAGGUGGCUUGCUCCCCUCUUAGCCCCUUUAAAAGGUAAGAAUUUGCCUUAAUUCCAGCGCCUUGCGGGUCUGCUGGCACUGGCCUGCUCUGAUCCACCACCUUGCUGUCGCAGAUUUCAGUCAAACCAAUGCUUCCCUGUAACAGAGCGGGGUCAAACACCAGCUUGGCCAUUCCGCAUGUCCUCAUAGAAAUGCAUUGAUUUUAAUGAAUCUCUAUGAGAAAUUCAGCAUCUCCAUGCAGAGCAAUUUUUGGAUGAUUCAGAAGGCUUUUGUGGAUGUUGAAAUGAGUGCAGCGCAAAUAAGUGGCGCACAUGUUUCAAAGAUGGUAGGGUCUCUUGAAAUAUUUGGUGCCAUAUAGCUUUUGACUUUUCUCAAAACUAAAACCACCAUUAAAGGGAAACUCCAGUGCCAGGAAAACAAUUUUCCUGGCCCUGCAGGUCCCAGACCUAAUGCGCAUGCGCGGCAAUGCCACACAUGCGCAUUAGAGCUCCCCAUAGGAAAGCAUUGAAAAAUGCUUUCCUAUGGGGAAUUGAGUGACGCUGGAGGUCAUCACACAGCGUGAGGACGUCCAGCAACGCUCUAGCACAGGUUUUCUGUGCUAUAGAGCAGGAAGUGCCCUCUAGUGGCUGUCUAGUAGACAACCACUAGGGGUGGAGUUAACCCUGCAAGGUAGUUAUUGCAGUUUAUAAAAACUGCUAUAAUUACACUUGCAGGGUUAAGGGUGAUAGGAGUUGGCACCCAGACCACUCCAAUGGGCAGAAGUGGUCUGGGUGCUUGGAGUGACCCUUUUUAAAGAUUUCAGAUAGUUCAUGAAACUCGGGUAACUACGAAGCUGACUGCCAUUCAAGAAUGGAUUGUGUUUUGAGUGUUUGAAUUGUGGAAAAGAUGCCUGAAGAUCUGUGAGGUCCCAGGUUGCCUACUUUUGAAGGGGACUGAGGCAUCAUUGUCCUUUUGUACAAUGCUCCUUGUAUCUUUAAUAAAUGUUUAUUUUAUUACAUGCUUUGAACUUUCUGGACAGACCUUGUAUAAGUCUUUAGCUUGCUGCCACUGAUACUUGGGAAUAACUAUUUAAUGAAAGCCAUCUCUUGUAUUAUAGGUGCUCACUUACACAAUAGUCUGUCACCCAGUGCUAUGGGGUUGAUGUUCUGUGAUAGGAUAGGCUAUGAAAGACUUUAUUCUGCACAGGAUGUCAGUUUAUAGCUUGGGAGAGCAAUGUUGUGAUUUUAAUAUACUAUCGAAUGUAUAUAUAAUUCGUUUUUGUGUUUUUUGUUUUCCCCUGCAUGAUGGAUAAUAGUGAAUUAAUAGCAUGGUCUUGCCAGUAUCUUUAUCUGAACCAUGAAUAUUUUGGGUACUCUGAUGCCAUUGUAUAACUGUGCAGGGUGCACACCUUGCCAUGUGUAAUGCCUGACUGCUGUGACUGCUGUGCCUUUCAAGGGGUUGCUCCCAUAGGAAUGUGCACUGUAGCUUUCAGAUGUAUUUCUAAGAUCUGUACAGAUCUUUUGGGAAUUGUGAUCCUGUAAUUAUUAAUAAAUUUUUGAACUCCAAUCGGCCACCUUACAUUCUGAGAUCUAGGUUUGUAAGUUAAGCAAGGUCAGCUCGGAUUCUAAGGUUUGUGAAAGGAGCAACAUUUAUAAGCUGCUAACUUGGAUUAAUCAGAGCAUGUGUAAAGCACUUUCAAUCCUCUUAAGGUGAGAUGCUUUUGUAUAGACAUAUGUCAUCUGUUACCUCCUAAAAUUCUCAACAUACUUAAUCGAUAACACUACUGUUGCUGUAUAUGAAAAUGUGAUUUCUGCACACUUUGACUGUCCAUUUGUAGCUAGACAAACUUCCCCCGUCUCCCCCCCUCAUAGUGACCUCAGAGGAGACUGACACUGGUAGCCAGAAAGCUGAAAGAAGCCUCUGUUUAAAUACUGGGGUAUGGAGGGCUCACUUGGCAAAGUCCCUCACACUGACUUCAUACGAUGACCCAGAGAUUUUCUUGAGAUUGGGCCUGCCAAUCACGCCUGUAACAGUGGCUAUAUCCUUUCCACAGAAACAUGGCAACUCCAAAGAACAUGGGCACUGGUACCAACUACUUCCACAGGAGGCACUACCAUUUGGUAAUGAUACAGACCCAGAGGGCUAGGACUCUAGUUUCCUUCAAGGCACACUUGGGCGCACAUACGUGUGCCAUCUUCUCUUCAAAUUGCCAAUAGGGUUAUACCUGGUCACUUUUGUCAAUAUUCCUUACAGCAAUGUGUAAGCAAUAGUUGAUGGUUUUUUUCUUUUGGUUUCUUACGAAGUGUAUAUUGCAUAUACCCAUACUCGGUAAUUUGCGGAUUUCUGUGUCCUUUUCUUUAGACACUCAUAUAAUGGAAAUUAUAUAUGCCAUGUGUAUCUUUUUUUUUUUUGUUUGUUUUUUGGGACUUAAUAAAUUCAUAGCAUAUAGUCCUUAACCACUUAAGGACACAACUUUUGGAAUAAAAGGGAAUCAUGACGGAAUAUUUCAGUCGUGUCCUUAAGGGGUUAAAACUAAACUGUUUGUUUUCGCUGUUUUGGUGUUUAGUUUCACUUUUUAAGGUUUCCCUAUGUGAACUUGUGGCAUAUAAUUGUUCAUAGGUUUGUAGGUAUAUCUGCUUCUAGUGUUUAAAGGAACACUAUAGGGUCAGGAAACUUGUAUUCAUGACCCUAUAGUGUUAAAACCACCAUUUAACCACCCUGGGCCCUUCAUGUCUCUCUAAAUAAAUAUAGCAAAAUCUUACUUGUAUUCAAGCCUGAAGCUGUAGCUCUGCAUGCUGUUUGCCUCAGAAAAACAAGCUGUCUGCUGACAUCAGAGGUGGUGGCCUGAUCCAAUCACAGUGCUUUCCCAUAGGAUUGGUUAAGACUGACAAGGAGGCAGAUCAAGGGCAGAGCAAGCACAAUUCAAACACAGCCUUGGCCAAUCAGCAUCUCCUUAUAGAGGUGAAUUGAAUCAAUGAAUGUCUGAGGAAAGUUCAGUGUCUGCAUGAAGAGGGUGGAGAUACUGAAUGUUUGGAUGCAUUUUAGGCAGCCAUGACCCAGGAAGGAUCUCUAACAGCCGUCUGAGGGGAGGCCAGUGAAGUUAUCACUAGGCUGUAAUGUAAACACUGCAUUUUCUCUGAAAAGACAGUGUUUACAGCAAAAAGCCUGAAUGUAAUGAUUCUACUCACCAGAACAAAUUCAAUAAGCUGUAGUUGUUCUGGUGAAUAGUGUCCCUUUAACCCCUUAAGGACAAAACUUCUGGAAUAAAAGGGAAUCAUGACAUGUCACACAUGUCAUGUGUACUCGAGGGGUUAAAUAAAACACUUGCUAGCAACCUAAUACCCACUUCUCAGAUGUCUUGUACAACCCAUAUACAGGAAAAGUAGACUAACUAGCAUGUAAUUCUGCUUCCAAAUCUAGAACUCGUUUUUGUACUAAAAAAAAACUGAAUCAGUUCUGCCGAAUGCUUCAUGUUACUUUUAAUCUAUCUUGAUCAGAUUGGAUUUUUAAAACCAAACUCUCUAAAAUGAGAUUCAAGUAACUUUUUUUAUUUUAUUUUUAAUGUAUAGAGCAUUUUCACAUGCAAUCAGUGCACAGAACAAAUGUGCUUUACUUUAUAUAAGCGGCAUACAGGUUGUUUUUUUUUUUUUUGUUUUUUUUUAGAAUCUUUACUUUUUUCACCACAGGACACUGCAUGUCCUGUCUAUAAAGGUACACACACACCACACCACACCACCCCCUCCCCCACCUCCCCAACCAUAACAAACUGUGCCUGGAAGUAGCUGUGACUGCUUAUUACUUUAUGCACUGGAGUGGGGUAGAAAAGGCAAAAAUCUGAUCAGGAUAUUUUCUAAAGUUUAAUGAAUUUGGGACUCUCUUCUCUGGCACUUGUUCUAUUCCAGUAGAUAAAAUCAAUGCGUUAAAGGGAAACUAGUCCACAAAACAACUUUAGCUUAAGGAAGGAAGCUGGUUUGGAGCAGAGAUCAUGCCUCUGCAGGAACAAGUUCUAAAAUUGAGCAGUGAUUUAAAGGCUCACUAUAGUGUCAAGAAAACAAAUUCAUUUUAUUGACUCUAUACAACCCUUAAGUUCCCCCCUCCAUUGGCGCUGAAGGGGUUAAAACCCCUUCAGUUUGUUGCUUAAAUUCCAGCACCAGGCUCCUUCAGCGCUGGUGACCUCUCCUCCCACUCCGUCGGCUGCAGAGUGAGUGGAAUGCGCAUGUGCGGCAAGAGCCUCACGCAUUCAAACGGUUCAUAGGAAAGCAUUUCUCAAUGCUUUCCUAUGGAUGAUCUGCACGCUGAAUCCUUUUCACAGCCAGUGUCUCAGAAGCACCUCUAGCGGCUGUCAGGAAGACUGCCACUAGAGGCUGGAUUAAUCCUGCAAGGGGGUGUCAAAACAUUGUUUUAUUCUAUGGUUACUGGUAGUAUACCUUGGUAGAAAACCACUUGUGGGUUUUGUUUAUUUUAUGUGUUUUUUUUUUGUUUUUUUUAUGUCUUUUGCUUAUUGGCAUUUAAUUUGUUUUGCCUCCAUCCUUCUGAUGCUGUGCCAGUCCUUCACCCUCCAGCAGGGAGAUUAAAAGAUCCCUCACUUAAGUGUUUGUUCCAACCUCAGGUACAGAACACUUAUUGAUGUCUCAGUGCCAGAAUCACAGGGGCACUGUUAAAGUGGUCUGUACCCAAUAUUGGUGCAGAUCAUGAAGCUCCCCUACUGGAGCAUCAAAGACCCAGCUCACCCUCUAGUAGACCACCGUAAAAAAGAAGCAGGAGUGGAGAACAUGUGGGAGGCCAAGUGAGUGUGUGCCAAUUGAGAGAGACACACGCACACUCACUUAGCCUCCCACAUGCAGCUCUCAUCCUCCUAAUAACACUGACACAAUACUUGGCCAUCACACACCCCACUCAUAGAAACAGAGCCCUCCAAUCUGAUACUGGGCAGUCUUAAUCGGUUUCAGAAUAAAACUUCUGAUUAAACUGUAAACCACUAUAUAGGGUGGGAUCUCUCCUCAGAUCUACCACUUGUAUUCUAUGUAAAUGUAGAACUAAGAUUGCCUCUAGUGACGAUCAGACAGCAAGUAGAGGCACUUCCUGGAUUUUAGCUGACGUGCCUUAAAUUACUCUGGACAUACUCACACUCUACAUAUAGAAUCCUUUUGACUGACUCUCCUGUGAACAGAUGUGAUCAUAUUAUAAUGGUUCAACAUUGAUACUGUUGUAACAUAUGGAUAUUGUUAAUUUGUCUCUCUGGUUGUUUAUGGUUUCUAUUUUUACUAAGCUUGUCCGCUCGAUCAUUUAAUAUGGGUGGGUUCUAGUUUCUGCUCCUAAAUUACCAGGAUGUUUUGUUUAUAAUCCAUUGUAACUGGUGGUGGGAGGUGGAGUGGCUUUCUCAUAGGAUAGUCUCUUAUGCUGCUUGUUUGACUUGGAUAUUUAGAAGUGGCAUACACGGAGUUUAGUCCUGGUGAAAGUCUAGGUUUAUGGACGGAAACGUGUUCUAACAAAGCAUAAUAAAGUUUAAUUAAACUUCGAUAAAGAUCAUUGAGUGUGCUACUCGUGCAAAUACCCCCUCCCCUGCCCCUACUCCCACAUAAUAGCUGGGAUGCUGCCAAAAAUGCCCAUAUGGAUGAGCCCACUCUGGCACUAGGUACAACCAAAAAAAGUAAUGUGGACUGUAAACUGAAGGCUAUGUUGCUAAGAAAGCAAUGAUCAAAUGUUAAUGCUAAAGUUAAGAUGACAUGACUGCUUUAAAUAUUAAACCUAAUUUUCAAACCUGAUUAGCAAUUAAUUGGCUAAACACUUUGCAUAUACAGCAAAACAGGGCUAGAUGCAUGCAGCAAAGUUUGUUUUUAAUAGCUAUUGUGGUGACCUGUGGACACUCCUAUCUAAAACCUCUUACAAGGAGUAUGUUAAAUGUAACAGAGCCACAGAAACAAACUAUUCAUCCUUGACAGAAGUUUAACAAUGAAAGGGAGAGACCUGCCAAGCCACUAAAAUGAAUGAAUAGCAAUGCUGAUGGGAACAUUUAAUUGAAUUGCAUUAAGAGUGCAUGCCCUGUAAUGCUAUUCCAAUACCAUUGUAAGACUCAUCAUGGCCCUGCUAGCUAUCGCUAAUCAUUAGUGGGAAAUUCAAAUCAUGCUUUACAAUAAUUAUUUAACCAGGAAAGGUACAUUGCUUACUCUGGUUUUGAAGUACGUCGUGGGGAUAUUACGAUUACCCAAUUUAAUGGAGGCAAAUAUUUUGUUUGGGCCAUUGUGAUUCCAUAUCCUUGGGUCCUUCGCCAACGUACAAAUGGCUCAAUGGCGAGUACAUGCUGGUGUUAUAGCAGAGUAGGCACCUGCUUUCCCCCACAUUGCAGGUGCCUACUCUGCUAAAACUUAACCAGCCGGUGAGGAGGGACAGGGGCGAGGGAGCUCUGUGUUCCAGCAUCUCACUGCUCUCUGGACAGUGGAGUACCUGGCGGUGUAUGGAGGCACGCAACGUCAUGUCACAUUCUGUGACAUCAACUUGCUCCACCUUCACAGGGUUUCAAGAUGUAGCAGGAGGAUCAGAUUUGGCACAGGGCGCAGACGGCGCCAUUUGGGGUAUACCAGAGGCCAGAGUCGCACACUGGCAGCUGCAGAGGGGUGCAGGAAAUUAGUAUAUGGGGUGGGCUGGGAUUUAGUAGAGGGGGUGCUGUGGUUUAGUAGAAGGGGAUUGGGGGGGGGAUUAAUACUGUAAGUGUAAGUAAGGGUUUUCUUUUUUUUUUUUUUUUGUGGCCAACUUAACCCCUUAAGGACAUGUCAUGAUUCCCUUUUAUUCCAGAAGUUUGGUCCUUAAGGGGUUAAACCUAGUUUAUGUGGCCCAUGCUAGACUUUGAGUUUGACAUGCUUGAUCUAGUUGCAGAAACUAAACAUGACACACUAAAUUAGAGAUGCUCACCUUUAGUUUUUGCGAUGAUAUAAAUCAUUGGCAUACACACAAGUAUCACAGAAGAACAUCCCUUUCUGAUAACACUCUAUUUUUAUUUUAAUAUUUUUUUUAGUUUGUUUGCAUGGAUGAGUUGCUCAAAGAUUGAGCGACCCUGGACCUUUUUCUGUGGGAGUGCAGUGCUGCUUCCAUUUGUAUUGUAGUUUUUCUUGGCAGGCCACAUCUUAAAUGCAGGGUUGAUCUUGUAACUGUGCUAGGCAUGUUAUAAAUCAGUGGUUCAAGCCCAGUCCUUCUGUACCCCUACCAGUCCAGGAUAUAGGGAUUACUCUGUUGUGUCUAAAGUGUUUUUUAUUUUUAUUUAAUUUUUUUUUCUCCUAAAAACACCUUAGACACAACUUGAUAUUUUCUAAAUCCUGGACUGUUGGGGAGGGGGGAGAACCACUGUUGAGGACAGGGUUGGGAACCACUGUUCUAAAUGGAGUUUGUUUUGACAGAGAACUUAUAACCUGCAACAUUAAACCAAGAGAGUUAAACUCUCUAGCACAACUUGUUCUGUUUGUCCUUUCCAUGAAAUUGAAAUUUAGCUUUCAUCCUUCAGAAUCUAAAUUUGAGGUCUCCACUUCCCCUGGAAUAAAACCUUAACCUUUUAAGGAUUGCUGUCCGGCUAAUCUUAUUCACGACAUGUCAUGUGUCCUAAAUGUGUGGUCACAGAGUACCAUUAAGAAGAUGGUCAGACUUAUUAUGGUUUGUCACCUCCAUAAAUUAUUUCAUCAAGAAAGUUUCAGUUUACAUUUUCUAUUAUUGCAUAGAAGGUGAUGAAAUACACUGGAAUAGUGACCUAUUCAAAGCAGUGUAUGUGUAUGCAGUGUUUCUACGCUUAGUACCUUUUCAAUGGCUAAUUGUUUGCUGGUCUCUCCCAUUGCAUAGAAACUCCAUAUGUGGAAACUUCUUUUGGUGGAAAUUCUUAUUUCUCGAUAAGAAUCACGAUCACCUUACUUUAAGUUCUUUGUGAUUUUGAAUCUUCUAACUACUGGUAGUGACAUAACGUUGCUGCCCUCUGCUCAGAAUAUGUGAUUGGAUCCAAUUCCAGCACAUGCUUGAUGGAGGCCAGUAUUUAGAUUUUAACAUGGUGUGAUGCAAGGCGAUCUCAUGAGACUACAAGGAAUAACUGGAUAUAAAGGAGAGUAUGCUGGGAAGAUUUUACUUGACAAUGUGGAGCUUGCCUUGAGCUCUGCUCUGUCAAGAGGAGGACAUUAAAUUUAAAGAGAAACUGAUCAGAAAUUAAGUAAAGAACUGUUUCUGAAGGAGGAAGAGAAGCCAUGAUAAAGGUACAUUUGGGAUGACUGCCUUUAAAGAGAUACUCAAAGCACCCAAACCCUAGCUUUAUGUUUAGUAGUUUUUUUUUGUGUUUUUUUUAUUUAUUUUUUAUUUAGAAGUACUUGUCUCAUGCUCUAAUUGAACGAUAGUCACACACUAGGCUUUAGCAAGUUAUUUAUAGAUCACUUACGUGAAUUUUAAUUUUCAUGGAAAUAAAGAAUUAUCUUGUAUCCAGUUGCCAUCCUGGUUAUCUAAAGCUUAAAAUCCUUGGGACAGGACCCAGAUUUACACUACUCUGCUCUUGGGAGUUUUUAGAUUCACUUAUUCAAUAUUCUAUUGUAUGCCACAGUUACAAUGUAGUUUUUCCUUUGAGUUUCUAGGUAUUAUGCUAAGUUACAUAUUCCUGGUGAAGUUGAAGAAAGUUGCAUUAUUUAGGUUACUACAGAGUAAGUGCUCUUUAGAUUUUUUUUUUUUUUUUUUUCACUUGGUGCACUUUGUUUCCACAAACAUUUUGCUGUCCUUUUUAGACAUUAAAGGACCACUAUAGUGCCAGGAAAACACUUGUUUUCCUGGUGUUAUAAUGCCCUGAGGGUGCCCCCACCAUCAGGGUCCCACUCCCGCUGAGCUCAAAGGGGAGGAAGGGGGUUAAACUUGCCACUUUCUCCAGCGCCGGGUGGGGGACUCUCCUACUCGGCUGCAUGCGCCGCACGCGCAUUCAGCCAGUCUCAUAGGAAAGCAUUCGCAAUGCUUUCCUAUUGAUGCUGGCGUCUUCUCACUGUGAAAAUCACAGUGGAAAGUGCGGAAGCGCCUCUAGCGGCUGUCAAUGAGACAGCGACUAGAUGCUGGAUUAACCCAGCUAAGGUUAAUCCUAGCUGGUAAGUAAAAAAAACUCUAGAUGGAGAGUAUAUAGAUUACAGGAGCUAGCUUGGUGACUAAUGCCUAAAGCACAAUGUAUAGAUAAUAUUGAUAAAAUGUGUGAAGUAAAAUAGCUGAUGCUGUACCUUUAAAUACUCAAUAUGUAUAGUGUCCCUUUAAAUGAGGGAUCAGAGAUAAAAAAACAGAUAGACAAUGUAUAUGUAUAAAAUUAAAACAUGAAACAGAAUAGUAAUAAAAAAUGAUAGAUAUAUACAUAGUGUGUAUGUGUAAAAUACGAUAAAUAAUAAAAUAGGAUGAAAAAUAAAAGUAAAAAUAAACUAAGUGCCUAAAUGGAUGUGCAGCGAAUAUGUAUAGAACAGGUAUCUUAAUCCCCAAUGAGGUGUGAGGUAGAUGAUGCUUGUUCUAAAUAAUAUACUUUAUAUUGUCAAAGAUGAAAGUAUCUAAAUAUUAAGCAACACAGUACCUGGAACUGUUAGCUUAAGCGAUUAUAUACAAUGUAUCGCUUGUAGACUGAAGCAAUAGCAAGCUAUUAACACAGCAGGGGAUAAGAUUUCUCUGGGGGGGGGCAAUUGCCCCCCCUGGAUCCGCCACUGGCUAGACCCUGCAAGAGCCUCCUGUAUGUGAUUAAAGUUCAAUUUAGAGACUGAGAUACAAUUAUUUAAGGUAAAUUACAUCUGUUGGAAAGUGAAACCAGUUUUAUUUUUUUUUAUUUAUUUUUUUCAUGCAGGCUCUGUCAGUCAUAGCCAGGGGAGGUUUGGCUAUGGCUGCAUAAACAGAAACAAAAUGAUUUAACUCUUAAAUGACAGUGAAUUGAGCAGUGAAAUUGCAGGGGAAUGAUCUAUACACUAAAACUAAAGUAAUUUAGGUGACAAUAGUGUUCCUUUAAUUCCUGUUACAGUUGCUCAACACAGGACCUUUUGGUAGCAACUGUAACUGGAAAUUGUCUGCUCUGCACGUCUCCGAAAGUGAGGCUCCUGCUGGGGACGUGCUCUCAGACCAACGCCGUCCUCACCGGCAGCCGGAAUACAGACCAGCUGUCAACACAAUCCAUAUCCAUCCUCAAACAAUCUGAAGGUCCUUGCUGUUAUUUGACUCAUAAGUCUAGUAUUUUUUUUUUCUUACCUGUAUGUUUGCAAUUUUAAUUUCUAUUUUUAACUGUGAAAUAAACUGGCAUUUUUGAUCAAUAGAUCCAGUUUUUAUUGCUUCAGUCUACAAGCGAUACAUUGUAUAUAUCGCUUAAGCUAACAGUUCCAGGUACUGUGUUGCUUAAUAUUUAGAUACUUUCAUCUUUGCCAAUACAAAGUAUAUUCUUUAGAACAAGAAUCAUUUGCUGCACAUCCAUUUAGGAGCUUAGUUUAUUUUUACUUUUAUCUCAUCCUAUUUUUAUUUUUUUUAUUUUUAUUUUUUUUAAUCGUAUUUUACUCCUUUUAUAUAUAAUUGUUUUUUUUUGUUUUUUUUACUAUUUCAUGUUUUAGUUUUAUACGUAUACAUUCUUUCUCUUUACAUUUACUUCUCUUUAUUUAUCUGUUUUUUUUUUUUUAUCUCUGAUCCCUCAUUUAAAGGGACACUAUACAUAUUGAGUAUUUAAAGGUACAGCAUCAGCUAUUUUACUUCACACAUAUCUAGUCAUAGUGCUUUAGCCAUUAGUCACUAAGCUAGCUCCUGGAAUCUAUACUCUCCCUCUACAGUGUUUUUGUUUUUUGUUUUUUACUUAUCUUCUAUAUAUGUUUUUAGUGAACCCCUAUUUGUUCCAGGUUUUUGAGCAGCUCUGUGCUAGUCUGUCUCCCUCUCCCCUGUUACAUUAGGUACACCAGAAUUUUUCUCUUUAACCCUAGCUGGACCUGGCAACCAGACCACUUCAUUAAGCUGAAGUAGUCUGGGUGCCUAUAGCGGUCCUUUAAUUAGCACCUCCUAGGUAUUUAGCACUUUGGAUUGUACUUUGCAUGUAUUGUUGCACCACUUAUGUAUAUACAUAUUGAAUAGUAUUUUAAAGGUAUAGUGCAUCUUUGUAUUUUUAUUUAUAGAUGCUGAUAUAAUUUAUACAUUGCACACUUUGCAGUAAAGAAACUUUAAAUUUAAUGUGUAGAGACUGCAUAAACGUGAUUUAACUCCUAAAUGGCAGAGAAUGGAGCAGUGAGAUGGCAGUGGCAUGAUCUAUUCACUAAAAACGGAGUUAAAGUUGUUUAGAGGGCUUUUGAAUAAAUUAUGAAGGCAUGGAUCCUGUUCCAUAAAGAACCACACUGGGCACAGUUUAUGGAAAUUAAAUUAUGGUGUGAGGAGGUUCCAGGUGCUCCCUUACCUUAAGGGGUUAACCAUAACUGUUUAAUGCCAAACUCUGAAAGAUGGCUCCCUAUCACUCUGCCCUUCCAAUCCCUCUGAUAGUCUUAAAUCGGUAAACCUUGAACCGGGAGCCACUUAAAGCAGCAGCUGACUCUGUGCUUACCACUAGCUGCCAUUAGCUUUUUUUAAAUUUAUUUAUUUAUUUUAACCUCCGAUUUCUGAAUUGGUAAUCCUCUCCAUCAGAGGUAGUGAAGGGGCAGUGUGGUCAGAUGCAGUUUCCCAGAGUUUGUAUGGUGUGAGGAGGUCCUUCAAACUUCACUGUUUAACUUGUACUGCAUUCCUGUUCUAGAUUGCCCUUGAGUGCUAUCAGACCAGGGCCAGAUGGACUGGGGAAAAAAAUUUGGCCUGGACAUUUUUUAAUAACAGCGGCCCAAUAAGAAGUGGGUGGGGCAGAGAGGGUGUUUUGUCAUUACCAAUGACAAGCAUGCCCCAUCUCAAAGUGAGCAUGUUGGUUCAAUGCUCUUCCAGGGCAGAUCAUGCGCAGAGCUCGAACAUGAGAAGAAAGCACUGUAUUUGUUCUGCACAGUGCAAUUUAAUAACAUGUUUCCGCUGACUUGUCUAUGGUGCCUCUAUAAAUGGGAUACCAGGAGACAAAAGGGCCAGGAAGGAGUAUUGUGUAUGUGUUUGGAGCCUGCUUGUAGGAUUGCGUGUGUAGAUUGAGCUGAUUGUGGUGUGGUAUUGUGUAACAAGUUCGGGUUUUAGUAGUGUUGUUUGUGGUGUAAUGUAAUGCAUGUGUGGUUAGGGGCUGUAGUGUGUGGGUGUGUAUCCCUCUUCCCUUCUUACCUUUAGCUGGGGGGCGGGGGAGAGGAAACAGUGUCGCCAUCCCUGGUGGGUGAACUCUAGCCUGUGGGGCUAGAGUUCUCUCACGAGACCGGUGGCAUUGCCAUGGCAACGCUAUGGGUCUCGCAAAAGGAACUUGGCGGAGCUGCAAGAUACAGCUCUGCUGGGCCCUCCUCUCCCUCCCUCCCCCUCAGCCAUAUGUCUGUGCAAGUGGGCCGGUGAGGGAGAUCUUUGAUCUCCCACUGGCCCGUACUGGAAUGCAGCAGGGCCGGCGUUCAGAUAGCUCUGGCCAUGCAAAGACCAGCAGGGGAGAUCCUGUGACCUCCCCUGCUGGCUUUGGCCCAUGGACAUCGUGGCCCACCGGGCAUUUGCACGGUGUGCCCAAAGGCCAGUCCAGGCCUGGAUCAGACUGAUAUAAAAAGGGUAUAGGUUCUCUCUGUAAUUGCACAAGUGAGCAUAAACAUUUUUAACACCCAUGUGAGAACUAAUGAAGGGCUCCUCUGUUGAAAACCUUUCAUUUCAGAACGUUGACUUACCACACUGAGCUUAGCUAUUUUUAUUUUAUUUAUUUUAAAGCUUUUUAAUUGUCUUCUAGGAACAAGGACAUUGUGUGAAGAGUCACAAUUUCAGUGUGGAAAUGGGCGCUGCAUUACAUUACUGUGGAAGUGUGAUGGUGAUGAGGACUGCGCUGAUGGUUCGGAUGAGAGCUCCUGUGGUAAGUGCUGGGCUGCUCACAAUACUGGCUUAUUCGUUCGGACAAAGAUCUGGUUUAUGUUAGCACUUCCUGUUUUAAAGUGUUUUCUGGCAAUAGACAUCAAAGCUUCUUUGCUUACAAUUAGUAUUUGAGGUUUUGAGGCUCUUUAAUGCCUAGCCUCUUUCAAACCUAAUUCAUACAUAAACACUUCAAAUUCCUUGCUAAGCAAGUGAAAUGAACAGCUAGUUGCCCUGAAUACACAACUAUUACAGUUGUACAUCAACUCACAUAAGGAUUUCGGGGAAUUUAAAUAUUUAGUUAAACCAAUUUUUGUUUUCCAACUUCUAAUACUUCAGCCUAAAUUCUGCAAAAUAUUUUAGUUUAUUUUUCUUGUGGAAGCGGUCUUUAGACAAUACAAAAUUGAAUGUAUAAACUCCGAACAGAAUGCCCUCCCACUCAUUCACAUGUUCAGUGAACUGCAUUACAAUAUGCAAAGCACAGGUAGUGGCACUGAAGCACAUUGGCAAAAGUGGAAAUCACACAAUAAGACUCCAUCUAAAUCAUUGAAUCAAACUUGGUGUAAGGCACAGUCGUAACCUUAACAGUCUUACACUAGGAUAAAUGGCCCACGCUAUUGGCCAUUCAAGUUGGUGUAAUAGGCAAUAAACUGUUUUUUUUUUUUUUUUUUUUUUAAUACUGAACACUCACCCAAAAAAGUUUCUACAGUUAACAGACGUAUCAAGCUUCAAAUCAGUGGAUCAGAUUUGGUGUAAGUUGCACCCUGCCACUGGCAGUGCCAAGGUAAAACAGUAGCCUAACCACCAGUCUUGCUCUUGGAUCAAUUAGACAGGCUAUUUCCCACUCAAGUUGGUGUAAUUGCCACUGGCUGUAGCUAGUUUGGUACAGCAGUAACCUAAACAUAACCAGUCUCACAGUAGGAUCAAUAAUAGUCCAACUUGACAAAUUCAGCCAAAUUUCAAUGCAGCCUUAAACAAGUACAGUCUAGAAGUUAUUGUUUUGUGGCCUUUCCUAGCGACCCGGUUUACUAUAGUGUUAUGGCUGCAGGUUUGUAUUCCUAAUACCUUAGUGUUGUAGUGGCUGAUUAGUUUUAGUCAGUAGUGGGAUUUAUAAAAUUCUAGUAACUAGUUCCAACUUCAUGUUUCCAACACCACAGGGUUGGCCCAAGACACUGUGCUGCCUAGGACCAAGACUCAAACUCUACCCCCUCCACCACCAAGUCAUGCGUGCACACACAAGCACAUCAACGCAGUCACACAUGUGCCCUGGUUGGCAAAAACACAUGGGUGGCAGGGUAAUGCAAUAAAUGCCUUAACCGUAUAUAUCAUGCCAAUGAGCAGUAAAUGCAUAAAUCCUGUAUAUCAUGCCAAAGAGCAAUACAGUCUUAAACUUUGUAUAUAAUGCCAAUGAGCCAAGUGUGGCUCCAAAACAUCUGCUAGUGAAUGUGCAAACAACCUGCCAGUGCCAUCUCUCUGCCCUUGGCCUCACUGUCAUCCCCACAGCCACUCUGCCAUCUCCCUGCCCCCAGCCAUGGUGACAGUGUGUGUGACGGUAUAGCAAGUGUUAACAGGGGGUGGGGGUGACAGUAGGGCAGAUGGUGAUGGUGGGGGCGGGGGUAAUGCUCUGACUGCCCAGAGAUCAUGAGAUCUCUACACCAUAGUCUGCAGCUCUGCAUCUGGCAGAGCUGCAGACUACGGAGGGGCCGCGCACCUGGUGGCAUACAGGACAAGUGGCCGAGCCCCCUCCUGGUGUCAGCCCUUUUUGACACAUCAGUCGGCUAUUUUAAUCACCGGUUCGGCAAACUUGCUACAUUUUACGAACAGGUUUGCCUGAACCUGAGAGUACUUGCUAAAUCCUUUGACUCGCCUUUCUUCCUCGUUACUCUUCUCACAGUCAUCCAGAUUUCUGUGAUCGUCCAAUCCAAUGCUGCUCAUAGGGGAGCAUUGGGGAUGGAGUAUGAGCAGUAAGCUCUGUGCAUGUCAAAAUGCUACUCAUAGGAAGUGGUCUUGGUGACUUUUGUUGGUUUAAAAAAAAAAAUACACCCACACCCACACCCACACCCACCAACCACCAACCACCGGGCUUGCAGUAUUCAGUACAACAACCAAAGGUUGGUCUUGAGUACCCAGGCCCUUAAUUAUAGGGAUCAUAUAGUGCUAGGAAAACGCGGUUUUCCUGGCAAUAUAAGGUUAAUGGGUCCCUCCUUCCGCAGGGCUAAAGUGGUUAAAACCACUUGCCUGAAUCCAGUGCCGAGUGACAUCAGCCGGCAGGGGCCGUGUGCGCAUUAAAGCUCCCCAUAGGAAAGCCUUAUUCAGUGCUUUCCUAUGGAGAAAAUCUGAUGCUGGAGGACGUCCACCGUCAACGGACAAAAGUGUUAAGAUUCCAGAAGCGCCCCCCAAUGGCUGUCUGGUACAUUGCAAACUUGGUGGUCUGGGCCUCCAGUGUCAGAUUUUCCAUAUAGGAAAGCAUUGAGUUCCCUGGAACUGCAAUGUCUUGCAUUGCAGCACUAAAUGCAAAAGGGACACAGCACCUAGACCACUUCAAUUAGCUGAAGUGGUCUGGGUGCUUAGUGUCCCUUUUAACACACUUACAAUGGUGCUCUAGAGUGAGGGAACAUUGCAGAGGCAGAAUAACUUAAAUGAUUGUGGAUACAUCUCUUGUCUAGCUCGAUUAUAGAUGAAAUGCACAAAAACCUGAAUGCUAAAUUUUGCUGAGGCGAGGUCUAACUAGAUUUUAAAUAACUCCUAACGUGGGCUGAGUAGUUCAGGAAUUUCAGAUCUGCUCACACAGUGUGCCGGCCUAUCUAGCAAUAAAAAUAUAUACAUGGUAGGAGGCACGUGCGAGAUAAAUUUGAAAACACCACAGUGAGAUCUUGUUAGCAACAUCCAGUAACUGUUUAAAGCUUUGGAAUGUAUGCAAAAGCCUCUGCAACUGCAAAAGAAGAAAGUAGCUAUACAGUUAUAAUUUAACAAUAGUAAACUAUAAUUCUAAACAUGUGGUCAAUAGUACUCAUUUAAAGGAAUAUUCCAUGCAGGCAUCACCACUGCUGUAGUGGUGCCAGGACUGCAGUAAAAUCAUGCCUGUGUAACUUAUGCCAGAUGCAGACAUGGCAUACUUUGCUUCUAGGAUUCUACUGCAUGAGAAUCUGCUGGCUCUACUGAGAGCAGCAGAGCUCAUGCUUGUUAGCCAAUUGAGUGCAGUUCUGGAUUGACCUUGCUUGAUGAAUAGCCUCCCUCUGCAGAAGAAAACUGUUGCAGGUGUCUAGGAGACUUUGGUAAGUUGUCAAAUGGUUCUAAAAUGCUCUGAUGAUUAUACUAGAACAGCACCCAGGCAUUCCUGACACUAUAACCACAACCAGGUUGGUGCUUUAAAAUGCUAAUUCAGUAUUCAUAAGGAACCAUUAUAGUAUGAGCUUAAAGGGACACUUGGGGCACCAUGUUAUUUUAAGGGGUUUAACUAUUUAGAAGUGGCUUGACUCCAAAUGUUCGAGGAGGGCACCUGUUUGCGCUGCCACGCUUCUUCCUUCAGAGGUCCACUGCAUCAAGACUGGACACUGCUGGAUUCCUCAUUACUCCACUCAUAAGAAAAAGGUUUUUGAUUUUUUUUUUUUUUUUUUAUUAUUUUUUUUUUUUCUCACCUCCUAUAUAUUUUCUCAGUAUUAAGACUGGGGAGCUAGUGAUGGGCAAAGAACAUCCGCAGAGCUUGAUCCUAACCUCCCUGGUUGAAGCCUUAGGUUAUCGGAGAAAGUUGCUGUAUCUGGGCUGGCUUUAAACGCUGCAUCCUUACAGCUUGCUCUGUAGUGACCUUCUGCUCUAUUACAAUGUGAGCUGCCAGAACAUUUUUAGACCCAGCUGAAGUAUAGCUUUUCACUGCAGUACUCUGUAAAUGGCAUGGACUGGACCUCUGGUGUCAGUUUCCAGAGCUCUUGCCAGCUUCCUCACACCGCCAUUGCAGGCAGUAUGCAGCCCCAGGUGCAUAUAAAGCACAGUUGCUUUCUGGUUCACUUUCCACUUUCCUUUUGAGGAGACAAGUGGAAACAGUCUUGUUUAUGUAUUUUGAAACACACCAUCCAUUGGCGAGCUUGGAAGGCUUAAAUAUUUCCGGCAUUCCAUUCCAUACUAAAGUAGACUUAAAGUAAUAUCCAAACAUUAAACACUUGUAAUGCUGGCAUGUUGGGCUGCCACCUAGGGACUGUGGAAUCUGUAACAAUUGCAUUGUUGAACCCAAUCACUCUAUAGCAAUGUCUAAACAAUUUAGUUAUCCCCAUCUAUUGAAGUAAUUUAUUGCAAUGCAUUGGGAAGGAGUAUAGUGAGGAGUAAGUCUUUGUGAACUGGUGAUGGUUUUAAAUUUUAUUAUUUUUUUAUUUUUAUUUUUUAUUUUUUUUUAAUCAUGGGAGUUAAUAAAAUGUUACACAAUAUACCAGUGGUUCCCAAACUUUUUAGGUUCAAGGCGCCCUUAAGAUUUCAGUAUUUUUCCAAGACUCCAAAAGUCAAAAUUUCUAGGUUGUGUAUCUGAACAGCACUGCGGCAUUUACUGGCGCCAUAGUGUAAUGUACAGUGUUGGAGGGGUGCUUGUAUAUAGUAAUUGUGUGUUUUUUUUUGUUUUUUUUUUAUACAGGGGGUGCUUGUAUGGUUUGCAGUGGUGUAUCUGAAUGUAAUCACUCUUAAAUGAGGAUGUACAUUUGUGUGAAGUGUUUGUUUUAGUAAAGGGGUGUGUUUGAUUUUUGUUUUUAGUUUGAAUGCAGGGGUGUGUAUGUAAUUGAGUUGGAUUACAGGAGUGUGCUUGUAUGUUGUGCUGGUGUUUGCUUGGAUACAUAUGCGCGCGCACACAAGUUAAAGAACAGCACACAAUAAAAUGAUUUUCAAUCUUGCAAGGCAAACAAAUAAGGGGAUUCAGUUCCACCGUAUGGCAAUAUAGUGUUAAGCCCACCACUACGUCACAGUACCCAGAUAUCUGUAGGUUCUACACGAACUUUAAUAUGCUUAACCCCUUAAGGACACAUGACAUGUGUAACAUGUCAUGAUUCCCUUUUUAUUCCAGAAGUUUGGUCCUUAAGGGGUUAAACUGCUUCUCGUUUACAGGAUUUGGGUAUUGGCACACUAUCUCAUUUAGAUAGUUUUUGGAGUUGUGACUGUUUACUUGACUGAUGUACUUUGCCAAAUAGCCUGAAAAACCUUGUGAAUCUGUACAUGUGUCCUAAAUGUUAGCUGAAUUAUUUCCUAAUGUUUCACAUGCUACUUGACAUUAGCUAAAUAUAUGCCAAGUUUUCGCAGCUCUUAAAACUUCAAAGUUCUGAUAUUUUUAUAUUUGCCUCCAGUUGUACUUUUUUAUUUAUUUAUUUUUAUUACAUGCUUCUACAGAUGAAGUUUAAUUUAGAGUCUGUAAAGUUGUUGAGAAAACCUUUUUUUGAAUUGUUACCUUUAUGGAACAUCAUAAAACUUUAGUUCAAAAAAAUAUUUUCAGUGUGUGGUUGUGUUUUUUUUUUUUUUUUUGCAAUAAAUGGGCAAGGAAUGCCUGCAGUGUAGUUAUUCUGAGUUGUUUACAAACUUUUUUUUAAAUUUAGUCAGUGUAGUGGAGUGGAGUGUAUAGAAAGAAUCUCAGAAGUCUUGAAUAAAAUACUAAACUUUGGUUCAUGAAAUGUGUUCCUCACAGUAAAGAAAACUUGUUCGGAGUCUGACUUUGUAUGCAAUAAUGGCCAAUGUAUCCCGAACCGGUGGGAGUGUGAUGGAGACCCAGACUGUGAAGAUGGAUCAGAUGAAACACCAGAGCUAUGUCGUAAGUAAUACACUGAUCAGUUUGAUGUGUAAGCCUUGGUGCUUGUUAAGAAUGGGAUAAUAAACAUUUUCUGCAUAGUUACAUUUAUGAAUGUUAUGAGCAUUUGGAUAUAAAAUGUGUUAUUUGGGUAUACCCAGGUUAAUUUGAGCUAGAAUUGUAUCUUCUGUAAUUUUACUUGGCACGUAAGCUGUGCUCUUACACAUACUUGUUGUAAUGACUUGUAUAAACAUUUGCAAUUAGUUUAGCGAAGACAUUCAGAUUUUGUUUUCUUAUUAGUUUGGGAUUUUGAACUCCUACUUGCAUACGAAGGUUACAUUUAAAUGUUACUUCAGUACAAUAUCUAGAUGGUUACAUAGAGCACCAUAUUUGGUUUGGCCUAAGUUAGCAUAAGUUGAUUAGUAAUUUAUGAAUGAAAAUGUAUUUCAAUACGCUAGCUAAUUAUGCUAGCCUACAUAAGGAUCUGCAUUAAAAACUUUGGAUCAUAUCAUCACUGGAUUGAUACUGAAUCUAUGGUUGGCAUUGGUAUGUUAUGUUUACUUUUUCUGACAAGCAUUCAUACUUUACUCUGUUUUGUGGGUUUGUAACUUCUGCUUAUUUUUUUAAUAAAUAUAAACUUUUGUCUGAAUUUCAUUACUACCCUUUUCUGAAAAUGUUGACAUGUAUGUACUUAUUCUUUGUUUAUAAUUGUGACCAUCACAACUUCAGUGCACAUAGUGAAAAAACAAUUUAAUAAAAAAAAAAAAAAAAAUGUUCCCUUGAAUAGAAAUUCUAGGGCCCCCAAAGACUUACCUUUUUUUAGGUAUAAAAAAAAUAGGGAAAUUCUGCUAAGGAAGCUGAAUACAAAACAUGACAUAACUUUAUGAAAAGAGGUGAUUCCAAUUGGCCACUUACACUUCUGAUAUGAAAACACUGCCAAGUAUAUAUUAUCCAACUUGGAUCUUCUGAUGUUCAGACCACUUUUGUCUGCAGUGAGGAAUCAAAUCCUAGAAAAAUGAUUACACUUUUUUCAUUUUUCUAUCUUUAUAUUGUGGUGCAAGCAUAAUAUGCAGUAACCAUACAGUUUGAAUCAUUUAAAACAUGAGCAAUUAACAUAGUUGCUACUUAUAAAGUUAUAGAAAAUGUAGACUGAAACAAACCCCAACAUAAAUACUGUCUUUAUAACACUAAGCGAAGUAUCAACGUCCGUAACUAACAGGUUAUAAGUUUUGCCAUCACUCCUUCUCUUAGGGAGUGUGGGGGUUGCUACUUCGGUAGUAAAAGCUAUGUAAGAAGGGGAAGGACCUUUCCUACGGAUAUACAUAUAUGGAUAGACAUAAACCGUAUGAUAAAAUAUAAGUAAAGGCAUGUUAAACAAAAGGUUAAAAAAUGGUUAAGACUAGUGUCUUUAAGUAGGCCCUAGAUUCCACUCCUCUCAGGUAGGUACUAUAGCCGGCUGCUGUCCUGUAGGGUAGAAUUGCUGGAUAGUAUCCACGUUCUAAUGUGGAGUGCAGAGGCUCUGAUUUAGAGGCUCUGACUGUAAUAAAGGUUGUGAUGUCUCAAGUUUAGUAAUCGGUCUGAGCUAUUGCCUCAGUCCUCAAAUGCACAAGUCAGAGGCCAGUGCCGCAGUAAUUACUGCAGCAUGGUCUGCAUCUGUGCAAAACCUCACCAGCAGAUACCAAGUAACAUCCACUGGAACUUUUACCUGGGCACCUGAAAGUGGAUCUCCACUGCUUUGUGUUAGUCUUCAAGCGCUUGUAGGUGACCUGAGAGGGUAGCAAACUCCCCUCUCUACAGAGAACUGCUGCAAACAAUGCCUUAAAUGGACAUUAUAGGCACCCAUACCCAGGGCCAGUGCAAGGAUUUUUGGGUACGCGGGCAAAGAUUUUGCCACCCGCCCCAAAAAACUCUUCACCUGUGUGCCUCUUUACACCCCUUUGUGUCUUAUCCCCGCUUUUGAAUGUCUUAACCACUUUUAGUGUGUAUCAUGCCCUAUUUUCCCUCCCACGUUUUUUGUCUUGCACAAAGGGGGUUUUAAGAGAUACUCUUCCUAGCCCCUAUGUGUGUGUCUCCUUCUCUCACAGCUCUGACUUUUUUCCCCCCUUUUCCCCAGCCCAUCUGACUUGUUUUUCACCUCCAUGCCCGUCUGUGUAUCUUUCUACCCGCUCAUGUCCCUCUGUCUUUCUCCCCCCUCAGGCUCCCCUCCCCUCACUGUCACUUAGUGUUCCUCACCCUUCCCUGUCCAGGUGUGGUGAUUUCAUGCUCUGUCUUGCGUUCCAUAUGCUUUCUGACAACCUCUUAUAUUUCAUUGAAAAAGAAAAAUGGGCACUUAUGAAAAAUAUUUAAAAACAAAAAUUGGAUGCCAAAGAAAAUAGAUAAAACAGAAUAUAAAUAGGGAAAAAUCAGGAGAUUUGUAAUAGAGCUAGAGGAUAGAAUACCGGGGAAAAACAAUGAAAAGCUUAUGAUCUAAAAUGUACUUUUUCUACUAUUAAGAAACUUUCCUAAGGGGGGGGGGGUGAACCCUAUUCUAACUAUAUAAAAGAACCCCAAAGAAAUAGAUAUCUUAUUGUGGCAGUUCUAUUAAUGCUACCCACUCUCCAAUGAGUAGGUGAGAAACGUCAUGAUACUCUGCAUUCUCAAAUUAUUCCAAUCCAGUCACCUCACAGAAAAGCAUAUGCACAGGCAGCUAAUUGAAACCAAGAUAAUCAUGAAGAUAGAACAUUUUUAUAGAGGGAACCAAAACUAAAGGGAAGAAUAACACAAUUCUUCAAACCACACAAUCACUUGUUCAACUCUCUCUGUUAAUCAUACACACUUUUCAAAAAGAAAGGUUGGAAGAAACAUCUUAGUUAGGAGAAUGAGGAGGAAUUAGAUAAACAAUUGGGCUUUUAUCAUUUAACAAAUAUCGAAUUAACUGUUAAUUUGAAAGGUUUAGAAAAAGGUCUUAAGUUUGCAACAAUGAGAAGACCUUUUUAGUACAUGUAUUGAUCUACAAAAGUGGUUUUCGAAAAAGGACUUUAUUUUUUUGGGUAAAACUUUUUUUUUUUUUUAGAUUCUUAAAUGGAUAAAUCAAACACUUUUUUUACCCUAUGGUGGGGGUGGGGUGGUGUCUAUCAGAAUAUUAUAAGACACUUUUAAUAUGGUAUGUCAUGAGCUAGACCAGGGGUAGGCAACCUAAGGCACUAGUGCCAUGUACGGCACUCAAGGCUGCUAGAGCUAAACAGGCUCUGACCAAUCAGAAGUCCCAGUGAAUCUUCAGAUAUCUGCUAAUACGAAAAGGUGGUGAAGGACAAUCCUCAAUUUAUGCAUUGCAGCACAUAGAGGAAGUGAUCUCAGAUCACUUCCUCCCAGCACUUGUGAAUGGGAAUCCACACUGUAGUAGAGCAACCUGCAGCUGCUGUUGCAGCUCCUGUCCUUGACCUGUACCUGGCCAGCCUGGUCCCCACUGGAACCCAGGGAAGCCACCCACACUGCUAGAUAUACACAGACCUGCAGAAUAAGCCUCCCCUCAUAAAAAUAAUACGAACAGCCCACACACAAACAUAUACACACAAUCUGCACAAACAUAAGCCGCUAACAAUCCACAUACAUGCACACAACCCCACAUGCAGCCUCUCACAUGCAAUACCCCAAACAGCCCACACACUACCAAACACAAUGUGACAUAUCAUCCACACACAAUUCCACAAGCAGCCCUCAUACACAGCCCACAUUUAUAUGUAUCAUACACCAUACCAUAAACUACUAAUGAACAUAUACAAAAUAAAAGCUCAUAUACACACAAAUACAAUGAUACAAAGCAAUUAGAGUAUAAAUAACACAAGCAGAAUACGGCAGCAAACACACCAAUUUAAAAAAAAAAAAAAUAGGAUUGGCACGCUACGGGACAUCACAGUCCUAUCAGCACAGUGCUGCUAAAAGGUUGCCUACCCCUGAUCUAGACAAACUAGAGCUACAACUAUAAAAGGUACAUAAGUGUGUUGGUGUUAGUUUGCAUGACUAAAGAAUAUUGUCUUAAAGUAUUUUCGGAGAUCUGAAUACCUAUUAAAUAUUGAUCCAUACGCCAACAAUUAAAUUUAACUUUUUAUCUUUUAGAUACGGCUUAUGAACAAUAUAUUUUUAGAAAAAAUUUAAAAAUAACUUUACAAUCAACCAUUUUUUCCUUAACUAAAUGUGCAUAAAAAUCUUACUAAACUACUGGUGAUUCAUAUCCUUAGUGACAUAAAUUCCAUAACUGCACAUUUAUCGGAAUUUAUUAAUCAUAAAAUUCAAAAAUAUGCACAAGGUGCACCUUCUUAUAAAAGACCCACCUCACAUUUUAAAAACAGAAGAAAUUGGGAAAAUUAUUUGGGUCAUGAUAGAUUGUAACCUACUUGUUCACAAUUAUAAAUCAUGAUACAGGCACUUAAGCAGUGGAGAAAAUCCUUAAAGGGACACUAUAGUCACCUGAACAACUUCAGCUUAAUGAAGCAGUUUUGGUGUAUAGAAUAUGCUCCUGCAGCCUCACUGCUCAAUCCUCUGCCAUUUAGGAAUUAAAUCCCUUUGUUUAUGAACCCUAGUCACACCUCCCUGCAUGUGACUUGCACAGCCUUCCAUAAACAUUUCCUGUAAAGAGAGCCCUAUUUAGGCUUUCUUUAUUGCAAGUUCUGUUUAAUUAAGAUUUUCUUAUCCCCUGCUAUCUUAAUAGCUUGCUAGACCCUGCAAGAGCCUCCUGUAUGUGAUUAAAGUUCAAUUUAGAGAUUGAGAUACAAUUAUUUAAGGUAAAUUACAUCUGUUUGAAAGUGAAACCAGUUUUUGUUUUCAUGCAGGCUCUGUCAAUCAUAGCCAGGGGAGGUGUGGCUAGGGCUGCAUAAACAGAAACAAAGUGAUUUAACUCCUAAAUGACAGUGAAUUGAGCAGUGAAAUUGCAGGGGAAUGAUCUAUACACUAAAACUGCUUUAUUUAGCUAACGUAAUUUAGGUAACUAUAGUGUUCCUUUAAGGAAGAUGAAACCUCAACCUAGUAUACAGUUUGUGGUUUAUUUUUGGUAGAAAGUGUGUGUGUGUGUACAGCAAUGGGAACCUGGCUCGCCCGAGCUAUAACAUCUACAUCUUGGUUUAUUUACUACACCCAAUACACUGGAGUUUAAUGCACUAGCAUGAGUUUGUUAAUUACUCUACCUGACACUGUGUGGGUCAGGAAAGAUGAACCAUUUAAAAUGGUUGAUGCCAAUAAGCAGUACCUUGUAACCUGUGAGUGACCCAUGUUUGUGAUCAGUGUUACGGUCUUCUAAAGUUGGAGCAUAAGCUGCUAAUAAGCACUCUCUCAAAUAUUUGCAAACUAGUAAUGUGAGCUGUGUGGAAAACCGCCUUUUGGAUGGAGGCUUUCCAUCGCAAUAUGUUAUUUAUUUUGGAGAAGUCUAUGACCUGAACUGUUGGUAUAGGUUAACUGAAAACUGUUUGCUUUACUCACCACUUCCUUUCAGAUGUGAGGACGUGCAGAGCUACAGAAAUAAGUUGUGGUGCUCGUUCAACACUGUGCAUCCCUCUUUCAUGGCAAUGUGAUGGUGAAGGAGACUGUGACUAUGCAGAGGAUGAAGAGAACUGUGGUAAGUGGUACUUUCACCCAAGAAGCUGUUUGAUCAGGUUGUGUAGCUGACCAAUGUAUAACUACCUUGUUGCUUCAGGAAAAAUGGCAUCCUUCCAGCUCAAUCUGGUAGCAAAAGUGCAUCUAUGAAAAUUUAUAGAACUAAAUGUGAACCGUAUCAGUCAUGAAGACUGUCUUAUUUAACUUGUAUUUGAAAGGAGUUUUAUAAAUUUGCCACUUGAACAUCCACUUGAUGUACAUAGUGCUUUGAGAAAUUCUGAAUGCAGGAUAAGGGCACAAUGAGUCAACACAAAUUACCAGUCACAUGAUACAAAUGGGUCAUUUGCAGCUCUGUGCAUGAACAUGUUACUUGGAGAAGUUAGUCUACAAAUAUGCCAAGGAAACUGGACUGUGAUUGGCAGACAGUCCACCAGUACUUUAAGUGACUUUACCUAUAAACCCUGGAAUAUCUUAUACUUGCUACACCCUCUGUUUGCUUUGCAAGUUCCCACUAAUUAUAAAUUGCCUUAAACCUCUGAAUUGUAUAGAAAGAAUGCUGAUGUAAUCUUUGGAUUGUGUAGCUGCUACAGCUUACUUAAGGUGGUGUUACGAAUGCUGGUAUAGUAGAUACCCUGUUUGCCUACUAUCUCCCGAACUGUUGAGCCUGAGUGAUUAUAGCAGGCAGUUCAGGUGUAGAUUUGAAUGGUUUCACAAGAAUGCAGCAUCAAAGUAGUUUUCUCCGCAGCAAGUAGACCGUUGCCCAAACAUGAGCCUAGACUUCAUAAAGGCUACUACAGGAAUGAUUUUAAUGGGUGCCACGCUGGCUUUUAUGCAAGUCCCCAUGCAAGGGGCACUGCCACGUGGUCCUUGUGGGGAACUGAGACACAUAGUUUACAAUCAAUGACAAUACAGUAACAAAGUUUGACACUCCCAAUGCAAACAGAUAAUUCCCUCCUCUCUGUCUGUGAGAUAAUGGAGUCCGAUAAAGUAAUAACUCGAUUAUCUCCAGGAAGAAAAAACACAUUUCAUAAAAGUACCCCAAAACAAAAAAAUCACCAUAAAUGUUAUAUCCCCUGAUCUGGGUGACCAACAUAUCCCAAAAAUCACCCAGAUCAGCUCAGGGGUCUUCUAAUUUUAUGGAAGUCCCAUUUGAACAGACCACACAUGGGCUCCUGCCCAGAAACUGUUCCGUGAGUUUAGGCUGUGCCAUCGGGUCUGUUUCAAAAAGUCAUAAAAAAUAAUGCACAAACCGAACAGCACUCUCCUGGCUGUUCGGGAAAAGGGAAGCAGGCGUAUACUUUGACUGGUGUUCGGGAAGUAGAGUGUCUGAUUUUAGUUCCAGACACUCAACAGGUCCCGCUGCCUCUUUUCGUGUGAACAAGAUGGCCACACAGGGAGAGCACUUAAUUGACUGUUUCAUUUGAAGAUAAUGAGCCGGGGUGGUCGGUGUUCGGUAGUUACAGCUACCAAAUCAAUAAAACUUAAAGGACCACUAUAGUGCCCUGAGGGUGCCCCCACCCUCAGGGACCCCCUCCCGCCCGGCUCUGGAAAGGGGAAAAGGGGUUAAACUUACCUUUUUCCAACGCUGGGCGGAGAGCUCUCCUCCUCCGAUCCUCCUCUUCUCCUCCCCGUCAGCUGAAUGCGCACGCUCGGCAAGAGCUGCGCGCGCAUUCAGCCGGUCACAUAGGAAAGCAUUCAUAAUGCUUUCCUAUGGACGCUGGCGUGCUCUCACUGUGAAAAUCAGUGAGAAGCACGCAAGCGCCUCUAGUGGCUGUCAAUGAGACAGCCACUAGAGGAAAUAGGGGAAGGCUUAACCCAUUCAUAAACAUAGCAGUUUCUCUGAAACUGCUAUGUUUAUGAAAAAAUGGGUUAACCCUAGCUGGACCUGGCACCCAGACCACUUCAUUAAGCUGAAGUGGUCUGGGUGCCUAGAGUGGUCCUUUAAAGUCCCGAAUGGCAUGCUCUUUUCUUCAGAUAAAAUCAUUAUUUUGGGAAAAUAACUUUAAGGAGGAAGGGUUUUGAAAAUGCUCUAUGCAGGGUUUUUUAAUUUAAAGGAAAAAACACUUUUUUUACAGCAAUAUUCACGAAUGACUUCUGUAGAUUCUGUUAAAUUGCUUAAAGCUUGUUUGUCUAAGGCAGCCAUUUUUAAAUGAAUCAUUACUUAGAAGUUAUGCAGAAGACUGCACAGGGCCUUUUUUUUUUUUCCCAGUGACAACUAUCACUUUUAGUUGGCUUGUGUAUCAUUUAUUUAUCUGCUCUGCUUCCAUUGCCUGUGGGUCACAAUUCGUCAGUGAAGUGUAAAAUCACUUUGCUGACAUGUUUUUAAAAUAUUCUUAGGAGCUGUAGCUGACUUGGCGGCAAUAUUCAAUAUGAAACCAUGUACCUCAAGGGACUGUAUCUAGCAGAGGUUAAAUUGAGGACAGAACAGCAUGAAUAAUCUGUGCAUCCCCCAUAUUUUUGGAUUCAUUUAAAGUCUCUUAACAACUCUUGACCCUUAAAGUACCAUGUAAUGCAGGUUUUGUAACUUCACCAAUCCCGAUAUAUAGUUAAACUGAUCUGUUAAAAAAAUUAUACUGCGAAGAUAGGAGUAAGUGUUCUUGUUUGUAGGUAAAACAAGCUUUUAAAGCAGGCAUCUCUGCCCCCACAGAUGUUUCUGAACUCAAAUUCCCUUGACUCUCUGGCCAUCUAAUGCAUUCAACAAAUUCUGGGAAUCUUUUCGUCAAAACUUGGGGGGGUUGAGGCAGAGUGAGGUUCAUGCUUUAAUGCAAAAGGUGAAAGUAGGUUGUGUCUGUGUUGCUUAAAGAGCAAUGCAAAAAUGUCUAAAAGUCACUCUAGACUGGCCAACACGCGUAGCAUGGCACUCUAGAAAAGAAUCUUGCUGGUAAUAUUGCUCAAAGAGACAUGCUCAUUUUGUGUUUUGAUUUGUUUGUGUGGCCUGCGAACCUUGUACAUCUAAAAUAACUAUUUCUUUUUUUUUUUUUCAUGUUUCUAAUAGGAAAUAUUACUUGUAGUCCAUCAGAGUUCACUUGCUCCAGUGGGCGUUGCAUUUCCAUCAGCUUUUACUGUAAUGGUCACAAUGACUGUGGUGAUGGAAGUGACGAAGUGGGCUGUGCACCUCUUACAUGUGGAGCCCAUGAGUUCCAGUGCAAGAAUUCCUCCUGCAUUCCACUCAGCUGGGUAUGUGAUGAUGAUGCAGAUUGCUCUGACCACUCAGAUGAAUCUAUGGAGCAAUGUGGCCGCCAACCUAAUCCUCACCAAAGAUGUUCGCCUAGUGAAAUUCUGUGUGGCUCUGGGGAAUGCAUCCAUAAGAGGUGGCGCUGUGAUGGUGAUGCAGACUGCAAAGACAAGAGUGAUGAGAUGAAUUGCCGUAAGUUCCACCUGGUUUGAAAGGUGCUUUCUCAUUGUAGCAAGUUUAAAAUACAUUAUCGAAUCAGAAUAUCCACAUUAAUCAGGAGUUUCCCGUUUCGCCUAAAUUUAGAAUUUUACAGUGGAAUAAAUGCUGAAACUGGUGCAUUAUACAUAUAUAUAAUGUUGUCUAGACUGCUCAUAUCUGGUAAUAAAUUGUGUAAAUCAUUAACAUAAAGUGUGUAAUAUGUAAAGAUGCACUUGAACAGGUUGCUUCUUAAAUUGCUCAGUAUUUAAAUAGAAUGUCUAAGGCACAAAGUAAAAUGAAGAAAAUUAACACUAAAAUCUUCCCAAAUGAAAGUGCUUAGUGCAAAAAUAAAUGUGCAAAAUCUCAAUACAUAUAUUGGAUAAUACACAUUUUAUAUGUAACCCUGCUGAAAGACUCCACCAGAUUGAACAAUAGUUAAAGGGACAUUAGUCACCAAAACAACUUUAGCUUAAUGAAGCAAUUUUGGUGUAUAGGACAUGCCCCUCCAGCCUCACUGCUAAUUUAUCUGCCAUUUAGGCGUUAAAUCACUUUAUUUAUGAACCCUAAUAACACCUAUCUGCAUGUGACUUGCACAGCCUUCCUAAAGACUUCCUGUAAAGAGUCAUCUAAUGUUCAUCCCUUUAUUGCAAAUUGUUUAAUUUAGAUUUUUGGAUCCCCUGUUAUGUUAAUAGCUUGCUAGACCCUGCAAGAGCCUCCUGUAUGUGAUUUUAAAUUUCAAUUUGCAGAGCAGGAGAUAUAAUGGUUUAAGGUAAAUUACAUCUGAAAGUGAAUCAUGCUGGCUGUGAACUGCUUCGUUAGGCUAACGUUGUUAAGGUGACUAUAGUGUUCCUUUAAUACAUAAGGGCCAGACGUUUUAAUCUGGACAGACUUGGAUCACAAACUUCUUAGCACUUCUACUAUUUCACCUUUAACGUGCAACAUAGUUUGGAGUGUUGACUCUGUGGUAGGUUGAAUGAUGUAACUAACUGCAUGUCAGACUUGGACAGUUAUUUUAAAAUCCAAACCUGACCCAGGAAGUUGGACUAGAAAUAAUUGCCAGAUUUACAUUUUCUUUCUACCAUUAUAAACUAAGAUCAUAAAAGUUGUAGGUUUCUCUGUUUUUGUUUGGAAUUUUCCUUGUCUCUAUAAUAAGGGAAAAUCUAUAGCCAUCUCAGACCAAUCUGGUAGAUGAUUAUUUGGCUAAAUAUACAUACUGGGGUUGUGCCAGUCCUAGGCACUUAUCUUAAAUGUCCAUAGAAUAUAUUUUGAUUCCAUACAAAUAUAGUGGACAUGUGCAGACUUUCCCAUUCAAAACCUUGUUUUAAGCAGAAUUCAACUUUAAAAUGCUAGAAUGCAUUUAUUUUUUUAAAUUUAUUUACAGCUUCUCGUACAUGUCAGCCAGACCAAUUUGUAUGUGAAGAUGGAAAUUGCAUUCACGGGACUAGGCAGUGUGAUGGCAUGCGGGACUGCCUUGAUGGUUCUGACGAACUUCGCUGUACAAAUGGUGGGUAAAACAUAGUGCAUCUGUAGGUUUUUAACCAUAAAAUAAAAUCUCAUGUAUGUUUUUUCCUUUGUAUAUUCCAGUUAACCAGUGCUCUGGCACUGCUAAAUUCAAGUGCAAAUCUGGGGAGUGCAUUGAUCUUAACAAGGUUUGCAAUAAGCAAGCAGACUGCAGAGACUUGAGUGAUGAACCCGAAAAUGAAUGUGGUAAGAAACUGUAUAACCCACCAUUGAAUUAAUCCGUAGUGUAUAUUUGCACUGACAAAACAUAAAUGACUUUACUGCUGAUUUGUUACGUUUAGUACUACAGAACGUGUGUAGAAUUCCUCUGCAAAUGCAGAUAACUGAACUUCCCCUCUGCUAUAGGAUGUAUGAGCACUUAUUUCCUACAACUAAUAGUUGCCAACAUUUGAGAAAAAUUUCCCUGGACACUUUGCAGCACAGCUAUCAAUUACUACCGUACCUUGAAAAUGUAUCACAGCCACUGCUGCAAAACUCUGCCCACUAUGUCAACCCACAUAAUUAAUCUCCACCUGCUCCAUAAAGAGAGAAUUGCCUGGGACAGAGUACCGCUUACUGGGACUGUCCUGGCAAAAACGGAACAGUAGGCAACUAUGCUAAAGUAAACACGCACUAGAGUAAAAAUAAAAAGCAAAGCUUCAGAAACAAUGUAUCUGGGUGCGGUGUGCUUCCAUUUGUCACAUGUUUAUAGCUCUAAAUCUCAUUUGGGCUACAUAGGACCCUCAAAAGAAUCUCUUGAAAUUCAUGAAAAUCCCAUAACCCUGCAGGUCUUUGUUCUUGAAAAUAAAUACAUUUUUGGGAGCAGUAGCAUGAAGCUUGCAGCGGUACAGCUUCAAAAAGUUCUCAUGGCAUUUCCGUACUACUCUAGUGUAUCAACUAGACGUUGCACAGACAUGCCAGAACUCCACUUACAUGGAUGGAAGCAACUUGCGGCUCAACUGCAAGAGCGACCGACCCCACACACUUUGUUUGAAAAUGACUAGGAUUGACUGAACCAAUUUCUUUCUGGUUCAGUCAAUCUUUGACUGAAUCUUUUUAAAUUUUAAUUUUUUUCACUUGCAAAAUGUGCAAUGAAUUACAGGCAAGCAAAAUAGAGCAUUGCAUUUGUUUGCUAUAGCUGCAUAAUGAAUUUGAUCCACAUGUGUCCUUUUAAUUCCCUGUUCAGAGUGAUACUGAAGCAUAAUUUCUGAAAUCCCCAUAUCCCAGCAAUUAUUUCACGGCUUUCUUAAAAGUAUGAAAAACAAUCAAGCCUUUUGAUGGAACCAUAUAAUGGCACUUUUUCCUUCCAGGUCAAAAAGCGUGCUUGAUUAACAAUGGUGGCUGCUCUCACAUAUGCCGGGACUUGGUUAUUGGCCAUGAAUGUGACUGUCUAGCUGGUUAUGAAUUAAUUGAUCAGAAGACCUGUGGUGGUAAGGUUCCAUAUUCAGUGCUGGAGCAAUGAGCAGGCAUACUGAACAUUAUAAAGUCGGCAGUAACUUAACCCCUCAUUUUAUUCUAACAGAUAUUGAUGAAUGUCAAAACCCUGGUAUUUGCAGUCAAAUAUGUGUCAAUCUGAAAGGGGGCUACAAAUGUGAAUGCAGCAAAGGGUAUCAAAUGGAUCUGUCUACAGGAGUGUGCAAGGCAGUAGGUAAAUGACCUUGUCUUAUAGUCGCUCAUAUUUUUACACUAGUUUACAGUAUUGGAUACACUUUGAUUGUGAGAACCACUGGAAAGAAGUACCGGGGCAAUUGCUAUCCCUCUAGCAUCUAUUGGGAUUGCUCAGCCCCAUUUGUUUAGUUGAAGACCUUUGACUUGUCUAGUGAAACUGUAAACCUAUACACAACAAAUUUUCUGUAAUGGAAAUGCCCAUUUAUUAGACACUAGAUAUUUGUUCAUUAUGUACUCCUGAGAGUAAUUGGAUACAAGAUAAGGCAUGUGUAGCUUUUAGCAGGGUUAUUCACUAAAGUUAGAAUUCAAAGUGAAUUUCAACUUAAAAGGGGACACUGUAGGCACCCAGACCACUUCAGCUAAUUGAAGUGGUCUGGGUGCUGUCCCUUUUGCACUUAGUGCUGCAAUGUAAAAAUGGGAGGGGAGGGGUGGGGCGCACCUUAGAAAUCUAUAGAGCCAGGAAAAUUGCUUUGCUUUCCUGGCACUAUAGGAUCCUUUUUAAGGCCAAAGUAGAAGCACAGAUAAACAAUGUUUCCAGUUCUGCUAUUUUUGUCCUUGAAUUCUUUAGUAAAUAACCCAGUUGGUGUCUUGGUAAUAACGAACCUAUAGCUGUUUUGGUGCAUUCCACUGGGCUUGAUUUCUGUGAAAUUGCCAGGCAGCAAAACUGAAAGAUAAACUAAAGUAUGUUUUAACUACUUAAUCUGUGGGAUACUGAGAGAAAGCUGACAGAUACUUGGGUCUUAUAGCUUAAUCGUAUUUUUAUUUCUACCUGCAGACCGGGAGCCAAGUUUAAUAUUCACAAACCGCAGGGAUAUCCGAAAGAUUGGGCUUGAAAGGAAAGAAUAUAUACAAUUAGUGGAACAGUUGCGCAAUACGGUGUCAUUGGAUGCUGACAUACAAGCACACACCUUGUUUUGGGCAGAUACAAUUCAAAAAGCCAUAUUCAGGUAUGUCUUAUCUAGUUCUGAAAAAGAUUGUUUUAUUCUAAAUUGCAGCUUUUUUUUUGUAUAGUGUCAGUAAAAUGUUUUGUUCUCCAGGAUAUGCGAAAUGGUGCAGAAAAAUGGAUACAAAUGGUUUAACUUUAAAAUGUUAUGGCAAGGGGCGUGAGCUCCCGCAUCUGGCACCUUAAACUUUAUUUUACCUAGCCAAAUACUUACCUGGAUGCAGCGCAAUAUUAAGCUUGACCCUGAUACACUGGUGGUUUCGGGGAUACCUCCCGUGGGCUUCUCCGCCACUGGAAACUCAGACUCUAGGCUAGGACUACCAGCGACUGGGCAGCGGAGAGGAGGCCGCUCCCCUACGGCUUUGACUGGCAGUAAAAAUUUGACUAGUGCUGUCCUUCCCCCUCGCCCCCCCAUGGACUGGCAGGGGUUAUCCCGGUCCCCCUUGGCUUGCCCCAUAUACUCGCGUAGUAAUUAGGCGACCAACACCUACCUGGCUGAUGCACACAAAAUGCAGCCACAAUCCCCUUGUGAAAUCAAAAUGGUGGACGUGCCCAUCUCACACUAUGCAACAGCAAGCAGGGAAGCUGCCACAGAACUUUGUGGAACAGUCGAUCCAACGGCUAGAUGAGCUGUUGGCUCGAUUUUGGGCCAAACUGGAAAGCCGUGCGGCAGCCACACAACGGCUACCUCAGGUGGGAACUCAAAGGGGCAUAAGCCCGGGAACGGAUGAGCCCCCAGUAGCCUUGGGCUCUACCAGACACACUACCCAGCCGAAGAUCAGCCUGCCUAGGGCCUCAAAGGUAUUAACACAGAAGUGUCCACCACAUAGACGGAGAGUAACCCGCCACAGCUGGCGAUUAAACACCAGGGCCCUCCGUUGCCCACAUGGUGGGCUGGAAUUGGUCUCCCCGAGCCUCCAGGUCCAUGGCUCGAAGUCACUGGCCCUCACGCUGGUCUGGCGCAGAAAGGAUGGACUGUACUGCUUCCAUUGUGCUGCACCUCUUGUUACACCACCUGCCUCCUUCAUGAUCAUCCCACAUGUGGGCAUCGGCUAAAACUGAACUGGCUGACUGAGGCAGGCUGCCAUCAGCCAUACCGAUGGUACAUAGCCACGACACGUUCUCGGGAUCCAGUGGUCUUCCGCUUGAAGGACUCAAACGUGAUGUGCAUUACGCAGAUUACCUUUUUGUACAUGCUUAGUCACACUUUGAUAGUCACUCCGGUACUUCUAGUUUAACAUGUUUAAUUUCCUGUGCAUUUUUGUUACAUUAGUCCAGUAUAUUGCACUAGCAUUGCCCUUGCAAACCUUGCCUGCCAUGCAGCUUCGCUACCUAAGAGCAUCCACUGCAAUAUGUCCAGUAACGUACCACAUACUUAGUCUGGACGGUAGAUUCCUAAUUUGCAGCUGUCUCGACAAUAUUCAAAGUAACCAUACAUAUCUAGCCUAUGAGACAGCAUUACCGUUUAGCAGCACACUCCAUAUGUUAUGGAGGGCUACCUAACGCAAAUACAACCCGUGGUGCAGGUUACAGUACUGACUAAAGUGGAUUUACCAAGUUAAGCAACACUAUCCCUCACUACUAAUCUACCUACCAGUCCUUUUAUAGGACACCUGUGACAGGUCAAUGUAACCUGACAUAUUCAGUCUGCUUAUUCAACAUAAAAAUGCUAAAUGUAGGACGACUGGCUGAAUAAUACAUGUACAUCUUUGCGACCUUGCAGUUAUGCUUCACUACUGAUGUAUCUUGAGUUUACCUCUAUACCCAAGCUUAUUAACGCGUUACGGUUUUAUUUUAAUUUUCCUUCUCACCAGUCUAGAUAGUUAAACUUUGUGAGAAUAUAUCCUACUGCUCACCUGGACUUGUAACUGUAGCCUGUGAUAUGCACUAAAACAAAAAAUUUGAUUUCUUUCUUGCACAGAGCAUUAUCCGACAAACCUUGUAUGUUGUUCUUGAUACCAAACCGAAAUGCUCUGACAUAUUGUUAUUCCUUCUUUGUACAACGCUAUCAUCUCAAUAAAAGAAAGAUUGACUUUAAAAAAAAUAAAUAAAAAAAUUACAGCAAAUGCUUGUGCAUUAAUAUACAUUUCCUAGAAAGCCAUAUUAAAGUUAAAAUGUCUUUAGAUCUGUCUUGACACCUUCUAGAAUAGUUUCCAUAUGAUGUGCUGGCUGAAUAAUAAACAAUGUUGCAAUUCCGUUAUCCUACUGAUAAUGGAAAUAUCGAGCCCUUGUUAAACUUGCGCAUAAAUCCUGGCGUGUAACCUUUUACUCCGGUAAACUGACUAGAUCCAUCUUUCUUGUCCAACUUUUUGAAUGAAUUAUUCCACAGUCCUUCACUGAUGUGGAGGGCAGAUUGUGCUAUGUAUGUAUGAAUGUGUACAAUUCCCCCCCCCGCCCCUGUCUUUUGGUCACUUCUCACUUGAACUGUUAAUAAAAAUAUUUAGUGGCUGGGUCUUCAUUAUUUAUUUUUUAUCUUUAUCCCCCCCCCCCCCUUUUUUUUUUUUUUUUGCUUGUCUCUUUCGUGAUCUGGCGUUUCAAUCAUGGAAUUCAGACAAAUUGCUGGUCACCUGAAUUUCAGACUAAUUAGCUUGAAGUAGAACGCAGAAGUCUAGUAACAUGUGCCAUUUUAUUUUGAAUUCAUUUUAGAACACAUUUCAUACUUUUGGGUUACUCAAUUGUAGGACAGAAAUUCUGCCAAGAUCCUGUGUUUAUCUUUGUAAGGUUGACCUUCUCUCCAGUAUUUUUUACAAUGAGUGUAAAUGUUUAUAUUUGCGUUUUAUAUGACCUUUUUGACUUGAUUGCAUGUCUGCUAAAAUCUUAAUUCUUGCUCAUUUGUUCUUCAGUGCCUCUGUGGACAAUCGUGUAAGAGUAGGAAGUCCUGUCAAAGUAAUAGAGCAUUUGCAUAAUCCUGCAGCAAUUGCUGUCGACUGGAUUUACAAGACUAUAUACUGGACAGAUGUAGGAUUGAAGACCAUAUCUGUAUCUAGUUUUGAUGGCUCUAAGCAGAAAGUCCUGUUUAAUGCAGGCCUGAAAGAUCCGUCUUCCAUAGCAGUCGAUCCACUCUCUGGGUAUGUACAGUUUGUUUAGGUUUUCUGAUUCUCUCAUUAAACUGGAUUAACUACAAGAAGAAGAAUUCUAAUUUUUACCUGUAAAGCUCUAAUCUUUAGAAUAGUUUGGUUGAAAGAAAAUGGUAAAAACUAAAAUGUAGAAUCCAUUGUAUUCUUGAAAAUAUAGAACUGUGGUACUAAAGCAGCCAUGCAAACUAGCAACCCACACGCAAACUCCUUUUCAUAUAGAAGCAAUAGAAGUAACAAAACUGUUCCUUAAUAUUUGAUACCAUACCUUAGCUGGCUAUAAAUGAGCACUAUUGGCUUUGCAGCACAGUUGUGGUUUGCAUAUGUGCCCAUCUCCUCCAGUCGGCGACUAGCAGCAGGGAAUGUAACUGGGUCUGGGUGCAUCUGCAAAGAUGUUUUGGCUUUACACAAUUCGGCCACAAUGGGAUGUUGCCUUCUAUCAGAUUAAAAUCUUAAUCUCACUAGAAAUGCCUCGCAUAGAUAAGUGAAAUAUUUUAUAAAACCACGUCACACCGUGAUGACUUUAAAAUUUUAAUUUGGCAUGCUAAAGUCCGCUAAAAUGGUAAAAAAAUCUCUCUAGAAUAAAAAGCCAAUAUCCGCAUAUUUUAUAUGGUACAUUUCAGUAGCGCUCAUGUUUAGUUUAUGUACUCCAGAGCAUGCAUCCCUCAAACAUAUUAAAACAUUUACAUCUGAAUCAGACGAUAAGACUUCAAUUGCACAACAAAUGGAAAUCUGAUUCAUUCAUAGAUAAAAUACUGUAAUGUUUCCCUUUUUAAUAGGUUUAUUUACUGGUCUGAUUGGGGCGAGCCUGCCAAGAUUGAAAAAGCUGGAAUGAAUGGAAUAGACAGACAACAGUUGGUGAUAACAGACAUUCAGAGACCCAGUGGAAUUACUUUAGGUAUAUAUAUAUUUUUUUUAAUUUUAAAAGUAUAAACUAUACUCUACAGUUGUCUCAUUUUUAACUUGAUUACCCCCACACCUCCGGUAAAUUGUGAAUGUGUCAUGGGUAACCUCCUAACCGUGCUUAGUAGAUGCAGCUGGACUCUGGUGUAUGGCAUGAGCUGUAGUACCAAUUUAGUUCUGAGCCCUCCAUAUUGUGGAAAUGCUCUGUAAGCCUGUAUCCAAUAUGGAGCGCUCGGUACUAGUCUCCACGCUGAACACCACAUACGGCAAGUGUAAGAUUCACUUUCUGUCCCUCCUGUAAGUCGUUAACAUGAAGAUACAGCAUUUACAAAGAGAAAUCCUGCGCUCACUCCCAUCACUCCUGGGCGGCAGCAACGACCACAGUACACAUCAGCCACCAUACAUACAGUAAAAACCAAAGAAAGUUACCUGCGCUCUCUCCUGAAUCCCUAUGUAUAUUUAAACAAAUGGAGGUAAUUUAGUUACUCCAAUGGCCAUUGGAAGGAAUGCCCGCCUGUUAACGUCAAGGCAGACCCCCCCCAGGCAGCCAUUGGAGCAACUAAAUGACCUCAAUUUGUUUAAAGAUACAGCAUAGGUAACAGAAUUUCAAAUUUCCCAUAUGUUCCGUGGAACAUGCAACCAAGCAGUUUUUGUACUUCUACUGAUAUGCUUGUGCAUACAUAUUUUUGAAAAAUAUGCAACAUGCCAUCACUUGCAUUUUAAAAUUUGGAGUAAGUAAAUAUUAACACAUCUGAUUUUGCUGUGAAUUAAUUUAUUUGACUGUACUCUGGGCCAAGUGAUUGUUGCAUAUGUUGUAACUUAAUCCCGGAGUUUGCGAUAGGAAUUUUAUUUUGCUUUAAAGGUUGUAUGGAUGUGUGCCAAUACAAUCUUCCGUAUUCUGUAAUGAAUUAUCCCACAGCUGGCUGUAAAACACACUGGCCAAAAUGAGAUUUUCUCAGUGUAACCUGCUGCUGAUUCAGAGAAUAAUCUUGGAAUUAAGAGUAAAGUAGCAAUGUGGAUGACUACAAUCAUAACUGGCAAUGUGAGACUCUAUGUAAUGCAUUAAAAGUCCAGUUUGGUUAAGACAAUAUACAAUUUGGUUCUAGGGUAGUGGUUUAUAACAUUGAUGGUGACUCAAAUUAAGUACAUGUAAACCUGCUUGGUGCCAAUUUUACAUUUUAUAGUAUACUGAAAUACCUUUGUUUGAUCCCACUCUUGAUCUCAAUCACGCUGGGGAAAGUAAUCAAAUGAUACAUUUCUCACGGUUGCAAUUGUGUUGAAUUGGGACCUAUUUUUUUUUUUGGGCUCCUAGCCCAGGGAUUAAAUUAAUUUAAUGCUUUAAGGAUGGAGGCAAUUGUCCAUGUUCCGAACUAAAACAAAUAAUUGAAUUUGAGCUAUAGGUUUGUUUUACCAUAAAUUAAGGGUUUCUCUUAAAGUACCCCCAUACAUAUAAUUUUUUUUUUCUUUUUAUAUGAAGGCAGAAAGGGUUUUAUUUAACAUACUAUAGGUAUGCCAAACACACUAGUGUAUAAAUAUAGAAAAAAAUUAAAUGUAUAACGGUUUUCAUAUUUUUGCUUAGGAUUUUCACAUGUGCAAAUAAUUAAAAAGCACUCUGAAUAGAUUCGAAUAGAAUCGUCCUGAUUGUUAAAUACCAAAUAUCUUGAGGAUCUAAUGUUGUUUGAUAGUUAAUGCUAACCCCUUACCCAAUGUUUACUCUAACUCUAUGCCUACCCUAAUCUUGUACUUUACUUCAACCAUACUCUUUAACCCUAAAAAGGCAUUAAUCUUUAACCCAACACUAAAGGCAACCCUAUCCCAAAACAAAGUAUAACAUCACCCCUAAUUACACCAACUACCUCUUACCCGUAACCGUAUCCCAACCUUACCACUAACCCAACCCUAACCCUAAGUUUAUCCACUCCUACUAUAAGUUCUGAUAUUUUACUGUAUUUAACACCGUAUAUGGUAGUAUGCUGCCACCAUCUAAUGGUUUUUAUUCAGAAUUACAAUUGGUGUAACUCUGAGCCUGGUUCUCAGUUGCUUAUAUAGAAAUUGGUGAUUGGAAGCUGGCAAAGCCUAGCACCAGUCCACAUUGACUGGGGACAAUCUGGGAAACCCUGCCCAGGUCUAUUCUGCACCCCACAAAUUUUAUUUAUAUUUUUUUAUUUAAGAAUUGAGUUAAAGGGCUCUGUAGCGCUGGCUUCUAGUACUUACAGGAGACCUAAGUAUCGAUUGAUACCUGGAAUUAGUAGUGUUUGCUGAGUUAAAUCCCUGCUCACACCAAAUAUGCAGGGAUAUCUGCCACCCUAGAGGCUUUAAAGACCACUUUAUGUAACCUGGUAUAAGCGACGUUAAGGCUGAAUCUUAAUCGAGCACUUGGCAUCAGCUCCUCAGACUACUCCAUGUCUGACUGGCUUUGAGUCCAAGCUCUUAGAUUACAGAACACUUGUAAUUCUUACUGAGGUCCAACUUAGUUGCUACCGGUGUGCACAAGACUUCAUAUAGUGAAUUAUUUCAAAAUACCACAAAUUUACCAGAACUCUUCCUGAAUCUUAAUCAUGACAUUUUAUUCUUCAGAUUUGAUAAAAAGUCGACUGUAUUGGCUUGAUUCCAAGAUGCACAUGCUCUGUAGUGUUGACAUGAACGGCCUAGAUCGCAGAAUAAUUUUAAAGUCUCCAGAGUUCCUUGCUCAUCCACUGGCACUUACUAUAUUUGAGGUAGGAUUCCUUUCUUACUUAAAAGAUUACUUAAAACUGAACCUCAAAUUUUAAAAGGAAGUCCAGUGAAUUAUGCUUAAAUCUCACUUAGGAUCGGGUUUAUUGGAUAGAUGGAGAAAAUGAAGCUAUCUACGGUGCAAAUAAAUUUACUGGACAAGAACUGGCAACACUUGUGAACAACUUAAAUGAUGCACAAGAUAUUAUUGUAUAUCAUGAACUGGUUCAGCCCUCUGGUAAGCAAUGCACAAUAUAAGUUCUGAUGCUACAAAAUUACAAAUGUAGGUAUUUUCAUGUGAAAUAUUGCUGUAGCUGUGAAUUCUGCAUAAUUUUUAGUAUCUAAAUGUUUUCUUAUGGCUAACCUCUCUAAGAAGACAAUUUCGUUGUUCGGAAAACUCCAACUCCUCUAAAUCUAUAGCUUUAAACACUGCAGUUUACAAAUGAACUAGUGCUUGUUAAUAUCCGUUUUGGGGGGUGGGUUCUGUAUAGUGAAACAGAGGGAACACUAAGCUGAAAAGUUGUAAAGUGUAAAAUGCAGGCAUUAAGAAAAGUGUGUGUAUGUGUACCUGGCUAAACUAUCUUUAAAAAUGAUUCUUCUUUAAAAAUGAUUCUACUUCAAAAAUAAAGGUUGAGAUUUUUGUCGUUUGCAAACACAAACCUAGAAGUCUGAACAUCUCUGCUUCUGAUCACUUUGUCAAAUACAUGUCCAUGCAGAGAAAUGACCACUUAAUAGGACACUAGGCACCCUGGCCACUUCCCCUCAUUGAAGUGGUCUGAGUGCACGGUCACUGUCCCGUUAAUGCCUCUAGUCCCUGUCUACCAGUCACUAGAGAUGCUUCCUACAGAUCCACAGCGUUUGACUCUGUGAACGAUGCCCGAAGUCUUCCUAUUUUGCACGAGAACUUUCAGCAUCUUGCAAUGCUAAGGUGGGGCUGUAAACUACAAAGAUACAUUGCCUAUAAUCUUCUGGUUGAUGGUCUCAUGCCUAAAUUGGCAUUUGUCACAAAUGUGUAACUUUGGAAAUCUAUAUAGGUCUAUGAAAAUCAUUGAUGCCUGUUACUUCAGCCAUGACAUUACUUGUUACUACAAGCCAUGUUCUGGAACUACACAAAACAAAAUGAUUUUUUUUUUUUUUUUGCACCCAUUUUUCAUGAGCUGAACUCAAAGAUCUAAGACUUUUUUUUUUUUGCUAUGUACACAAAAGGCCUAUUUCUCUAACAGAUUUAGACAGAUUUGUGAAUAUAUGAGUGAGCAUUUCUCCUUUGCCGAGAAUCAUCCACCGCACAGGUGUGGCAUAUCAAGACAGCAUGAUUAUUGCACAGGUGUGCCUUAGGAUGGCCACUCUAAAAUGUGCAGUUUUACUGUAUUGGGGGUCUGGAAACCAGUCAGUAUCAGUUGUGACCACCAUUUCCCUCAUGCAGUGCAACACAUCUCCUUUGCAUAGAGUUGAUCAGGUUGUUGAUUGUGGCCUGUGGAAUGUUGGUCCACUCCUCUUCAAUGUCUGUGCGAAGUUGCUGGAUAUUGGCAGGACCUGGAACAUGGUGUCGUAUACUCCGAUCCAGAGCAUCCUAAACAUGCUCAAUGGGUGACGUGUCUGAGUAUGCUGGCCAUGCAAGAACUGGAAUGUUUUCAUCUUCCAGGAAUUGUGUACAGAUCCGUGAAAAAUAGGCCGUGCGCGAUCAUGCUGCAACAUGAUGUGAUGGUCGUGGAUGAAUGGCACAACAAUGGGCCUCAGGAUCUCAUCACGGUAUCUCUGGGCAUUCAAAAUGCCAUCAAUAAAAUGCACCACCGACAACAUGGGCCAUUCUAUUCACAAUGUUGACAUCCGCAAACUGCUCAUACACGACACUAUCCACGCUGUCUGCAAUCUAUCCUAUACAGUGAAAACCGGGAUUCAUCUGUGAAGAGGACACCUCUCCAAAGUGCCAGAAGCUAUUGAAUGGUAGCAUUUGCCCACUCAAGACGGUUACAACAAACUGCAGUCAGGUUGAGACACCGAUGAGGACGCCUAGCAUGCAGAUGAGCUUUCCUGAGAUGGUUUCAUGGUUUGUGUAGAAAUUCUUUGGUUAUAUAAACAGAUUGUUGCAGCAGCUGUCUGUGUGGCUGGUAUGACUAUCUUGGAGGUGAAGAUGCUAGAUGUAGAGGUCUUGGGCUGGUGUGGUUACAUGUGGUCUGCGGUUGUGAGGCCGGUUGGAUGUACUGCCAGAUUCUCUGUUCAUUUCUCUACCAUAAGCAAUCUCCAAAAGCAUUUCAUUCAAUUCAAGGGCAACUGCUCUGGUGGAUAUUCCUGCAGUCGUCAUGCCAAUUGCACGCUCCCUCAAAACUUGCGACAUCUGUGGCAUUGUGCUGUGUAAUAAAACUGCACAUUUUAGUGGACAUUUAGUGUGGCCAACCUAAGGCACACCUGUGCAAUAAUCAUGCGGUCUCAUCAGCAUCUUGAUUUGCCACACCUGUGAGGUGGAUGGAUUAUCUUGGCAAAGGAGAAGUGCUCACUAACACAGAUUUAGACAGAUUUGUGAACAAUAUUUGAGAGAAAUGGGUAUUUUGUGUACAUAGAAAAAGUCUUAGAUCUUUGCAUUCAGCUCAUGAAAAAUGGGGGCGAAAACAAGUGUUGCUUUUAUAAAUAUGUUCAGUGUAGUUUGAUGCAGGACACUCAUUUUGAUAUUUAAUGACCCAGUGGCGAAGUGAAAUGGGAAUGGGUUCCAGGAUCCCAGUGAAUUAAGCAUCUGUAAAAGUACUACUACAAUGUGUAGAUGAAACGCCCACUCGUAUGUUUAAUUAUGCCUAUUGAAUCUGACAAGACUGUCACUUUAAUGUGGGAAUUUUUUUCUAAAAUUUUAUCAACAGGUAAAAACUGGUGCAAUGAGAGACUACAAAAUGGAGGCUGUGAAUAUCUGUGUUUACCUGCCCCACAGAUAAAUGAUCGAUCGGCAAAGUAUACCUGUGUGUGUCCUAGUGGGUUGGAAUUGAUUGAUGGCCGGAGCUGUAGAAAAGGUAUGCGCUCUUGUUACUAGGGUAAAAUUGUCCUUUCAGCUUUGCACUAAAUUAAGUUAAUUUACACUCCAAUGCCCAAAUACAAAAUAAUCAUGGUCUAGAAAAAAUACCCCAUAUCAAAGCUUGCAUGUAUUUUAAUUUGUUUUUCCACUGGGGGUAUAUAAAAAAAGCUUGCAAAACCUGCAGUUCUCUUAUCUGCUUCCUUUGCAAGCCCUCCUCUUCUAACACCACCCAGACUUUCUGUAGCUGUUGUGAUCCUCGUCUGCAGGUAGCACGGUCCUCUAGGGUAAACCGGCACAGUCCUUUUAUUUGCAUAUAAUCUAGGCACUUUAUUUGUAAGUCCACACAGGAGACAGCAGCAAAUGAAAACCUAAAUAUAACUCAAAUCCCUAUAAACAAAAACCUAGCUCGUCUGAGCACUUACUAACUUCAGGUUCCCUAUCUCUCAGGGGUUAAACUAGAACAAGACUAUAUUGGUUUCACCAACCUAGUGUCUUUGUCAGCUCUCUGCACUCCAGUGCGAAGUCAGCCUGUUGCUUUCCUUUCUACACUCCCAGUGCACAAUCUCCUUGACUCUCUCACUGGAGAGAACAGCCUCUCUCCUACCUGCUUCCAGGGAGGAAGCCAGCAAUUACCCUUUACCUGCCUAGCAGGGAGGGGUUUAUUCCCACUGCUACAGCUGAUUUUCUGCAUCUGAGCAGUGGGUUGGAGACAGUUCCAAAGAACUCUGGCCUGGAACUUAUUUCUCCCAGUUGUGUAUAAACUGAGUGGAGCAUUGGCCCACCCUGCUUUCCAAAUGCUCCACCCCAAGGGCCCAUAACUAAACAUAGCUUUGUGUUGCACACCACACAUACAACACGUACUUCCCCUGGGGUUAAAUGUUAAAGGCCUCUCUGCCUUCACUUUAUCACAUUGUCAAAUCCGACUUCUUGAAGCAGCUCAAUGAGAAGUCUUUGCAAAACUUGUGCUCUGAGCAAUUGUCUCUACGUUAAACAACGAAGUAAAAGGACCUGUUGUCUGCUUGAAAGCCAGGGGGUAUAAUAAAGUUUUUCGAAGUGUCAGUCUCUAUUCUAUUAUUUUUUUUGCUGUAGUACUUUAGCGGUCUGGAGUGUCCCUUUUUAAUGCAGUGUUCUUUGAGCAGGCCUGCUGAUCAAUAUAAACAGACAAAUGUAAAUAUUGCUGUAUCUGACAAAUGGCAGACUGAAAGCCCCUAGUUGCUGUCAGACCGCCACUAGACUAGAGGCAUGUGCUUCUGGGUUUUCAGUUGAUGCAAGUCUUAAUGUUAGAUAUUGCCGAACACUAAUACUUAUUUGAUUCAGUGAUUCUGCAAAGUCAGUUGGGUGUAAAAAUAUUUUUUGUUUUUUAAAUAGACCACCAUCACUCUGCACACAACCUCACAGCACACAUCAAAUCUUCUUUGCAUGUGAGGGGCACCAACUUGGUUCCCAGGUGGCCCAGUGAACUGAGCUGCUGGUCUGCUCCUUAUGUGCAGUUCAUUGCCUAUGCUCCCUUCUGCAAAUACAGUGAUAAUUUACUCGAAGGUACAUAAAAUGACAAAGACAAAAAAGGAAGACUAAGGACAGAAGCCCCAAUGUAUGACUUGGGAGGGCACACACAAAGUGAGACAGACUAGUAUAACCAGGGACAGGGAUACUAAAGUGACCAGAAUACAGAUUGAAGUUCACAAAUGAAAGAUACUGCACAUUGGUUGUUUUUCUUAUAUCGAGUGUUGAGUGAACCCGGACUGUAAAGUUCGGGUUCGUACAGAACAUUAUGGUUUUUGGACCCCGGACCCGAACACUGACACAUCACUGUAUGUUCGGGUUGGAGUUCGAUGUUCUGUGAUUUAAUGGCAUGUUUUCAAAGGCUGCAGGGCAGCCAAUCAAGCGUUUGAUUCGUGUGCCCUUAGAAGCAGUCACAGCCUUAGGAAAGAAUUCUGCAAACUAGUACAUUAGUGGGGUGCAUGUCAUAUCUGAGUCAAAUACUGCUGUCACAUUGCAGUUUUAAAACUUAGGUUUUUUGGGUGCUAAACUGCUAAAUAGUAUUUUAGUGGGGUGCACUUCAUAUCUGAGAGUCAAAUAGAAGCGUCAAAUAGUGCGCUUACAGCGCAGUUGUGAACCUAAUUGUUUUGGUGCUAAACUGCUAAAUAGUAAAUUUUGGGGCGUGCUCUUCAUAUCUGAGAGUCAAAUCGAAGCCUCUAAUAGUGCGCUUACAGCGCAGUUGUAAACAUUCUAAUUUUCUGGGUGCUAAAUAGUACAUUUGGGGUGUGCACUUCAUAUCUGGUGUAUGUGUGCAACACUGGCUAGUUACCGCUUCAAAAGAAAGUCUAAAGACAAAUAAAUGUUGCCUAUGGUGCAGGUAGUAUAGAAGGCAAGACUGAGACAAAUCAUUUGGGUUAAGUUUGCCUGUUGACAUGUUUAAUUAUCUAAGUCCAUUAAAAUUCAGUAAUCAAUGUAUUAUAGACCAGUUAAAAAGAAGACAAGUCAUGCUAUAACAAAAUUAAACAGGUUUUAAAAUAUGUAUUGGCCAACCAGUGGCUGUAAAAACAGUUUUAGUGGUUACAUUCAUGACUACAUACUCUAGUGAACAGAACCUUCAUGUCGUUUUUUUAUUUAUUUAUUUUUUAAAUAAAUCAUAUCCCCUCUGGAGAAACUAUACCGUGAGAGUGUGCUGCCCUAAAAGCAAAAAGGUUCAUCCAACGGAGCCAAUAUUAUAUUGGCUCCAGAACAUGUGAGUGGUUUUAGCUUGGUUUAAUAUCAGACCAGAACUGUUUUGUACCAUUUGCACUAUUAUUUUUUUUUUUGUCUAGUUUUGUCAUUUUAUGUACCUUCGAAUAAAUUAUGACACUGUAUUUGCGGGGUAAGUUUAAUGCACUCCUACACAGGCCAGAUAAAAUUUAGAGCUCCAAUAAGAGUUUUUAUACCACUUUUGUUGCUAUCUUAUGUAGUGUGGAUAAAAGGGUAUGCCACAAAGUGUUGAGCUGCUGAUCACAAAAUCACUUUAUUGUACAACAUAUUACCACCCAUCAGAGGUAAUUUUCCAGAUUUAUAUUAUGAUCUGUACACCGUAAAGGUGCAGACCUGUAGAAACCUCGCUGGAGGGCUGCUGCAGGGGGUCUCGGCAAAGCUGGUACUCUAACAGACUUGUGUACAAACUCAUAACUGCUGGUAUGAAUGAAUCAAAUGCCUUUUAAAUCUGUGGCUGAACAAAACGGGGUGGGAUUUACCUGUGGGGUCGUAUUUAACUAAGACUCCACUGAUAAAUCCCAGACACAUCCGUUUGUUUAGCAGCAGAUUAAGAAAUUGCCUUUUCAAGUAUUUGUUCCAGACUAUGGGUAUAUAUUCUGGGGAAUAGUGUAUACACUUGUUAAGUAGUCCAAUGGUUAAUGGGCUACUCCAAGCAAUAUCACCACUACUGUGCACUGUAGUGGUUAUGGUGCCACAAGUCUCCUGGUGGUGUUCACUGUUGCCAAUUAAACUGUUGCGUAAUAUCUAUUUCUCUGGAGGAUUACCCUAAUGACCAAACAUUUGUACAGUGGAAGUUCUCCAACCCUUCCCCUCCCCCCCCUCGCAUUAGUGAUAUCCGUUCUGUUAGACUAUGGAUGGAAUUCGUUGACUAAGAAUGCCAGUUAACACACAGCCAAUAAUGUCCAUACAAACUUUAACAAAAUUGGCUAUUGCAAAUGCAGAACAAGAAAUUCUACUUUAGUGAUAUAUGAACAAUGGCUGUGGUGCAGGUGCCCAUAUGAGAGACAGUUUUUGAAUUAUUUGACACAAUAGUGGGACAAAAUCAGGAGACUCGUGGUACACUAUUACUUUGUCCAGUUGUGGCUAUAAAAAUUAUGAAUGAAGACUUGGUCUUUUAAUUGCUUGCCUCUGUCAUAUACUUGAUUUAAUAUAAAUGUCUUGCACAAUGAACAAAAUGCCUGUGGUAGUUUAAUGCUAAUUAUUCCAGAUUUGUCAGUUUGCUACAAGUACACUUUCUGCUCAGCAGAGUAAUGCAGCAUCUGAAAGGUCUUCAAGGCACUUUAUAAUCCAAUAGGAGUCUGUAGCAGCAAAGUUUUGGGGUUAUUUAGUAACCACAUGAGGUAUGGAGUGCUUCUGCAACUGAAUCUUUAGGGGGGCUACAUAUCAAUUUUUGUGUCUUUUUAUACUUUUUCUGAAGAAAGUGAAGGAAAAUAUAAUUAGUAAUAGUUCUUCUGCUUGGAAAUCAUCUCCAUGAUUCUCUGUAAAAUCUGCAGCGUUAUCAGGUUGCCAGUUAUCAUUGUGUUAAUUAAAUUUUCGGUUAUUCUCCAACAAAAAUACAUAUUUGUACAGCUCAACUUUGCUGUGGCUUUUUGUUUUGUGUACCUUGUCUUGCGUAUCCAUUCACAAUUUUAAUCUUGCCUAGUGUAUAACGUCUUUCCGUCCUUGACUUUGAAGACUUUUGUUUGUGCUGUACAUCUUGUAUAACAUAUUCAUGACUGUAUGCCUUGUCUUAAGUGACAACACUUAUAUAUUUUAUGUCUGUCUUUAAAGGUAGUAUGGACAAUACUGAUAUACCCACCGGAAUUCUCCCCAUUAAACCACACGUUGGUGGUAAGUUCAUAAUACAACUCAUAUUUCCAGUUUGAGGAUGACAGGAUGACACCGCUUAUAUAUACAAGCUUGUCAGACAAAUGAUAAAUCUUUUUUUUUUUUUUUUUUUUCUGUAAAGCCAGUAUGUAUAGGGGUGACACAGCUUAGCCUUCUCAUAGAAUCCUCAUAGCAUACCAGUGUUCUAUAUUCAUGGGAAAAUAAAACUGAACAGCUUUUAUGCUAAAUGUUGCCCAUCACUAUUCUAUAAUGCUGCCAUAUGGCCCCUGCAUAGCUGUACAAUUAAAGGAAAGAAGGGAACUAAUGUUUAAACAUACAUAAAAAUUUGCAUUUUCAGUUAUCAAACAAUCUGGCUUCCAAACCAACGGUGUUCAUGGUGCAUUGACACAACUAAUCUACCAUCCAUCAUCUAAUGUUUUAUCAUACUUGCUCUGUUCUUUGUGACUGUGUUAACGGUUUCACUAGAGGUUGAGCUGUAGAAAUAACUUCUUUAUUUGCAACAAGAUGGCAGCUGAGGCACAUUCCACUUUUAGUGACUGUCAAAAAUUAUUUUGUAGUCAUCAUGGGACGAAACAUCUGACUUCUGUAAUUCUUCAAAGUGCAUUGAAAUCAAAGCCAUAUCUAAUGGAACCCGAGGAAUGAAAGAGUCCAACCUUAUAUUGUAGCAGACAGCACUCUAUUGAUGAUGCUAUGUAGCUUGCAUCUUCCUGUGACUAGAUGAAAUGGUAUGCUGAGAUGAUGGUUUUUAGAAGCAGUUUCAGCUCCUUGCUGUCUGGACGGCUUCAAUAUAAGGUUGGCCUUUUUUUUUUUUUUUUUUAUUCCUCUGUGCACAUCAAAUAUAGCAUUAAUAUUACCAAGUACUGCUUUAUGCAAUUGUAAUCCAAUACAGUGGGACCUCAGUUUACGAAUUUAAUGCGUUCUGCGGGACACUUCUCAUUGCGAAACAUUUGUAAACCGAAACGCAGUUUCCCAUAGGAAUGCAUUGAAAACCAAUUAUUCCGUUCUGGAGGACAAAAAUAAAUAAGUCAAAAUGAGCUGGCAUGGAAACCAACCCACAAUGCAGAACACACAAUAAAAGCAGGGCCGGAUUAACAUAGGGGCUGAUGGAGCUGCAGCCCCAGGCCCAUGGAAUAGGCCCAUUGAUUUCAAAAAUUUUUUUUUUUUUUACACACUACUCUUUGUGAUUCCACCUGGCUUUUAUUUUAUUGGCACAGCCAGUAUUUGAGGCUGCCUGGCUGGUGCCAAUUGCAGUGAUACUGGCAAUAUAAAUGCUGGUAUUUUUCUCAGUAUAAACAAGAGAUUACUAUGCAAUACCAGCACUGGCCAGUAGGGGUCGCUGUGUGUGGAGACAGGCAGGGAUAGGAAGUUCCAGCAUAUCCCUCCCUGCCUAUCUAUACUCACUGAUCUGCAGGGGUGCAGCUACAGAGAGUCCAGACAGCAACUUCCACCCUGCAGAGACAGCCUACAGCUCAGGGAAGUGAGGGAUGGGGGGGGCAAAAGGCUGCGAGGAGACAUGGGGACACUAAGGGACAUUGGGAGACAUUAUGGCAGACACUGAGACACUAAGGGACACUGGGAGACAUAAUGGCAGACACUGAGACACUAAGGGACACUGGAAGACAUUAUGGCAGACACUGAGACACUAAGGCGCACUGGGAGACAUUAUGGCAGACACUGAGACACUAAGGGGCACUGGGAGACAUUAUGGCAGACACUGAGACACUAAGGGGCACUGGGAGACAUUAUGGCAGACACUAAGGGGCAUUGGAGAUAUUAUGACACAGACACAUGGGGACACAGUGCCCCCUUGUCUCCCAGUGACCCCUAGUCUGCCAGUGUCUCACUGUCCCCAUGUCUCCUAGUGCCUCCAUGUCUCUCAUUGCCUAAAGUGUCACAAUGUCUCCAUGUCUCCAAGCUAGUGUCCCUGGUGUCUGUGGCCCUGGUGUCUCAGUGUCACCAUGUCUCAAUGUCCCCCAGCCAGUGUCUCUAGUGUCUGUGUCCCUGGUGUCUGUGUCCCCAUGUCUUCAAGUGUCCCUUAUUUUCCCAUUAUCCCCAUGUGUCCCAGCCAGAGUCCCCUAGUCUCACAGUGUCACUUGUGUCUCCGUGUCCCUAGGUCUCCCCAGGUCUUCCUAGAGUCCUAGUGACAUGGGGACCCUGGGAUACAUGGGGACACAGGGAGACAUGGGGCAUUGAGACACUGUGAUACAUAGGAUCACUGGGAGACCUGGGGACACGACACUAGGGGACACUGGGAGACAUGGGGCACUGAGACACUGAUACAUAGGGACACAUGAGGCACUGAGUCAUGGGGGCACUGGGAGGAAUCCAUCUAUACAGCAGAAUCAAAUUAAUAGUUUUUUUUGGUGAUUUUACAGCAUUUUCUCUUAUGUCACUCCUUUUUUUUCCAAGAAAGGUGGCAACCCUAACUACUUUUCACAUACGCUUACUUAAGUAUGGAAACUUAAGUGGGAUGUAUGGAAACAAAACUUGUGUGGACUGGCUGACAAUGAAUAUAGUUAAAGGGACACUAUAGUCACCAGAACAACUACAGCUUAUUGAAUUUGUUCUGGUGAGUAGAAUCAUUACCGUCAGGCAUUUUGCUGUAAACACUGUCUUUUCAGAGAAAAUUCAGUCUUUACAUUACAUCCUAGUGAUAACUUCACUGGCCACUCCUCAGUUAGAGAUCCUUCCUGGGUCAUGGCUGCCUAAAAUGCAUCCAAACAUUCAGAGUCUCCACCCUAUGCAGACACUGAACUUUCCUCAUAGAGAUUAAUUGAUUCAAUUCAUCUCUAUGAGGAGAUGCUGAUUGGCCAGGGCUGUGUUUGAAUCAUGCUGGCUCUGACCCUGAUCUGCCUCUUUGUCAGUCUCAGCCAAUCCUAUGGGGAAGCACUAUGAUCGGAUUAGGCCACCACUUCUAAUGAUGUCAGCAGACUGCUUGUUUUUAUGAGUCUAACAGCAUGCAGAAUUACAGCUUCAGGCUUGAAUAUAGUAAGACUUUGCUAUAUUUAUGGAGACAUGAGGGGCCCAGGGGGGCUAGAUGGUGGUGUUAACACUAUAGGGUCAUGAAUUCAUGUUUGUGUUCCUGACCCUACAGUGAUCUUUUAAGGUAAUGCUGACUUUGGUCUCUCUAACACUGUGGCAUGUUCCCUUUCUUCUACACUCACUACAUACAGCUUUUCUCUGUCCCAGACCAUAUACCAGGAGCUUCUGCCUGCUAGUAAGAAGGUGAGGCGACAAGUGGACUAGCGAGUGCUAGGGGACAGUCCUUAGAAAGCGUUGAGUGAGCACAUCAUUAGAUGCAUUUAUGCCAAGCUCAGGGUGCUGUCUGCAUAGUAUGCCCUUAGUUGGCCAGCUGCAUGAUUGGUAGGCAGCCUGACAUGCAUUCAUGCCAGGCUGGCCUUCUAAUUCUUUGAGCAGACAUGUCCUUUUUUUGGGCAUGUACGCCCCUUUUGGCAGGUUACGUGAUUUGUGUCAGUGGCACACCCUUUUACCAUGCCCAUUGACUUCCUGCCUGACUGGACACUGCUGUUAGGGGUUAUGGAUUUACUUGAAAGAUGAAAACAUAAAUUAGAGAGAGAUUAGCCUUUUCUUAUAGCUGCUGUUUCAUUUCUCUCCAGCACCAUCUCCAUCAGAUACAUGAUGCUUGGGAGUGUUUUACUGUUUUUGGUCGAUAUGAUUCUGUAAUUAGGCCCGUCAUAAUUGUCAGCACCAGGCCCACGUGGCUCUUAAUCUGGCCCUGAAUAAAAGGCAUGCAAACAAUGAAGCUCGGCUCAGCUCCCUACUUUUCCACCGCUUGAGAAAUGCACCAAAAAGUCCCAAAACAACUGCAAACAAUUUCCAGAAUGGCUCCAAAACUCGAUGCAAAAGCCGCUCCAACACCUCCACACUCGACCCCACAUGCUACCCACAGGCUCCAGCAUGCAGGGGGCUGUGCUAUAAACCUCCCAGGUGCAAUUGUGUAUUGCGAAACAAAUUUGUAAACAAAGACAUUUUCAAUGGAUUUUCAUUUGUAAACCGAAAAUUGUUAACAAAGGCAUUUGUAAACUGAGGUCCCACUGUAUGUUUUUAGACUUCAAUAAGAUUAAUAAAAUGUUUAAAAUGCUUAUCUAUGUGACAAGAUUGUAUAUUUUUUGUGCUUCUUAGACAUUUCUUUUUUUUAACCAAUCAGUUUUUAUUGAGAUAAUAAAGUGUAUGGGGUACAGAAGGAAAAAAGGAUAACAUUCGGGGUUAUACAGGUCAGAUAUGGCCGUAUACAUUACAUCCCGUCUCAAGGGUCUUAUCAGUCACCUUAGAGAGUAAGGGUAACUAGUAACUUUUAGCGAACUGUAACAUGCCCUACAUUAAAGCCCUUGUGGGAGAAGGCUUUUAGUUGUGGGCUGCCUUCCUGGUGGAACGCUCUCCUUGCUUCAUGUUAUCUCGCAUUUAUGCAAAAGUGUAAGCUACUUAUAUAGUUGAGGGGUGUUUGGUCAGCGUAGGUCGGGGGUCAGGUCGGUGUCGUGGCGGAAAUUCUCUCCAUUUUGUCAAGUUGGGAAGGUGGUCCAUUAGUUAGGGGACAAUCUAGUGGUCAGGCGUGGUGCAGUCAUGGGGAGCCGCAGGCAUAUUAGUGCUGGGUGGGGCGUGCCAGCUCCCAGCCCACCAUGUCGGAUUUUGUAUGGUUGCGUACUUGUUGGGUUGGUCAGGGUACCCGGUGUGUGACGUCUGUCCACCCCCAACCCAUUAGGCAUGACUGUGUUCCCGGUUCUUAGACAUUUCUAUAGAUUUUUACUUUAAAGGAAAGUGCAGGGAUACUUUCUCUUAAAGGAGCAGCAUCUUUAAUACCUCUCACACUAGUUACUGAAACACCAUGUAUUAAGCGAAUUUCACUCUUUACAAAAUAUUCUGUAUUACUUUUCUUUCCAUCACUGGGAGUAUAUUUGUUUGCGUAGUUUGUACGUUUGCCAGAGAAGUUCCCACUCUCUAGGUAUCUACUAUAUCUAAUGGAACCAAUUGUUUAAACAUUCGCAGACUUUCCAAAAAGAUGAGUACCACUUGGAAGUGGUAAGCAGCAGGAGCUUCAGGGGCCAAAGUAAACACACUGAACAAGUACUUACUGGUGGGGUUCUGUGAAUUUAAAGGUGGGAGUUCAAUUCAAAUUAGGCAACAUUCAGGAGAUGAAGACAUUGCUUUUCUAGCUUUUAGAACUGCUUGCAUGGAAGAAAGUCCAAAAAAGACCUCUAAGCACUGUGCAGGUUUAAUUUUUUCUGGCACUAGCCCUACAUGUGAUGCCAUGAGUGCUACUUUGUACCUGGCAUUUAGUUGGUGAAUUCCCUUACAGUGAAAGACCCUUCUUUCACAUGGUAUCCGGCAAGAUGUUUUCUCAAAGUGCAAGUCAUAACAGAUCAAUAUAUUCUCCAACAUGCUAGACUUUUUGUGCUGGCUGCAUGCAAUUUAAGAGCACUUUGUAUAAAUUGGGAAUUUAUGAGGACAACUAAAACUGACCUUUUAAAGUCUCUGGUAGAAGUCUCUCUAAUACAAAACAUAAGCUCUCCUGUUCUGAGGUCUGAUAUUUUUAUAUUGAUAUUUUAUAUAUGUAUGUAUGUAUGACGGUAGUCUCCAUCACUGGGUAUGGAAGUUAGACACUAUGUGGGGGUUCCCAGAUUCCUAUUGUGUUUUGGUGACCCUUUGCCCAGUGUUGGUGCAGGGUAUGUUGAAUGUAUUUCUUGUCUGCGACUUUCCCCUCCCCCUUUUUUCUGUCCUAUUGUCCCAUGGUCACUGCCAGACCAGUUUAAACUAGCUGUCAUUUCCCUCCUCAAUCUCCCAUCAGCCCUUCCUUUUGUCUAGCCCCACCCUUCCUUAUACUGUAGUGCUCCAUUCCCUAUUGUAUGUAACUGAGGCUGUUGGGGGCAUAAAUGUGUGCUACGUGUAUUCAAGUUGCGGUUUUAACCUUCACCAAGUGUUGUCUAGAGUUUGGGGAAAGGGAUGUAAUCUGUUGAUGGAAAAAUGGUUUCCAGUAGCCUGGUCCAGAUUGGAAAAAGGCCUCAGAUCCCAGUCAAGCCUCGGCGACUGGGUCUGACGUGCUCCAGGGGCCCCGAUGGAAGCAUACUUGAUGGAGGUACUUCUCUGGAGUACUGGAGCUCCGUCAAAAUAAUAGUAUCUUUUACCAAUGUUGCUUUCCUUUCUAAAUCGGUUUACCAUUGUUUGCUAGACAUGUGCAAAUCGUCUUGGUCCAAAUUUAAAUUCGUCCGAAUUUUGGCAAUUCGAACAUUCAGAAGAAUCGGAAGUACUUCGGAUUUCUGAAAAGUGACAAAACAGAGGGAGGGAAUGAAAAUUAAGGGAGAGAGGACCGGAAUCUAACCCUACCUCUAGUAGGAUUAGGGUUAGAAAAUAAUAAAUAAAAUAAAAUUACAAAAAAGUUUACAUUUGUGCCCUGUGUAUUCAGAACAUCUAAUAAUGGAAACUGUUCUGCAUUUUGUUAUAACACUAGUGUUUGUGUUCUUUGUUGUAGAAAGUAAUGCCAGCUCCUCUGUGUAUGAGGCUGAUCCAGCAAAUCAGAGCUCCUCUGCUGCAUGGGCUAUCCUACCUCUUUGUAAGUACACAGCUGCUUCUAGAGACUAACUUUUUCUAUUGGUUUUUUUACACUUUAUUUUUGCUGUGAAUGUGAAUAACAAGGAUGACAUAAUAGACAUUGCAAAGUUUACAGGGACUUGACAUGUCAUUUCUGGUGAAGCGAUAACCUAGAAAUCAGCACAUCUUUAAAGUAAGAUAGGACAUGGUGUAUGUUGUUAAAUGGUAGUAUAUUAGGUAGGCAAGAAAUACGCACAAGUAAUUCUAUAGAAUAAGCCUAAAAAGCUGUAGAGAAUAACUAAUAGCGGAGCACUGAUUCUUGCAGGACGGUGUGCUGUAAUAAACUUGAGGCAUAGCGAUAGUGAGUAGUAGACCUUUCACAAGUGGUCAAAACGGUUAUCAUAUGCUAACAUAAUACGCCACCCUAGACAGCCGUAUUGACAUUGUAGAGCUAUAAAUGGUAGCAUAAAAAAGGUGGCAAGCACGGGGUGCUGCAAAACACAGUUUAAGAACCACUGCUAUAGACCAUUAUGACAUGGAGUAUAGAGCAAUACAGUGUCCCGUAGAGCAGGAAGUUAAUAAAUUUUUUUGUUAGCUGGUGACUAUGCUAUAUUCUGCUUGUUAAAUUUGCUAAACUAAUGGAGAAUAUGCACAAUUAAGUUCUGCUCUGAAAACUAUCCCUCCAUUAUAUGUAGUUUCAUAUGUGCAUGAAUUCUUAUGAACCAUAGACCUUAACGGGACACUAUAGUCACCAGAACAACUACAGCUUAUUGUAUUUGUUCUGGUGAAUAUAAUCAUUUCCUUCAGGCUUUUUGCAGAAAACACUCUCUAUUCAGAGAAAAUGCAAUGUUUGCAUUACAGCCUAGAGAUACCGCUAAUGACCACUCCUCAAACUGCAGCACUGACCCAGAAAGCACCUCUAGCAGCAGUGUGCAACACUGCCAUUCAUGGUCUCCACACUCUGCAUGGAGACACUGAACUUUCCUCAGAGAUGCAAUCAUUCAAUUCAGAUGAUUGACUAGGGCUGUUUGGCUUGUGUGCCCCUGAUAGGCAUCUUGGCCAAUCCCAUGGGAAAGCAUUGUGAUUGACUGACUGAGAAUCACUUUUUAUGUCAGCCAAGCUGGCAGGUCAGGGGCAGAGCCAGCAGCUGCAGACUUGACUGCAAGAUAUUACUAUAUUUAGGGAGGCGAGGGGGGGAGGGGGCACAUAAUGGUGCCGAAACGUUGGGGGGGUUUGGUGACUCGUGUUUCUGUCUUGAGGCUUGUAAGAAUUUUUGUGGUAAUUUAUUGUUUUAUUGUGUUUGCCCUUGCUUCUGUCACUUUGUUUAUCUUUUCUUAUAUGUUUUCACUCUGGUACUUUUUUGUACAUAAUAAAGCUAAGUUUUUUUGAGAUUGUUAUAGUGUGCAUUCUAUAUUCUAUGCACAUAAUGGUUUUAACAUUAUAGGGUCAGAAAUAGGUUUGUGUUCCUGACCCUUUAGUGUUUAAUGACUGGUGCACUCCUAGAACUUAUUAAAUGUAACCAUGUGGGAACAAUGCAUCUGUGUUGAAGGGUCCCUGUAAUGACUCUAAAUUUUUUUUUUUUUGAAGUGUUAAUAGUUAUGGCAGCCAUGGGAGGAUACCUCAUGUGGCGAAACUGGCAGAGAAAGAAUAUGAAAAGUAUGAACUUUGACAAUCCAGUAUACCUAAAGACAACGGAAGAGGAUCUUACAAUAGAUAUUGGACGGCAUGGAGCAAACAUUGGGCACACGUAUCCAGCAGUAAGUAUCAAAUAAGAGCCAUUUUAUAUGUACAGCUUCAUAUGUAAAGAGGCUUUGCGCAUGAUAGUCAGAAUUGUAUAUGGCUUAUUAAUAAAGAUCUCCAGUGGAUUCAGUAUGAUCAGAAUAAUGUGAGUGUCAUGACUAUUGUAGAUGUAGAAAUAACUACCGUAUAUACUCGAGUAGAAGUCCAGUUUUUUCAGCAUAUUUUUUGUGCUGAAAACCCCCCACUCGACUUAUACGCUCAUUAAUGUCUGUAUUAUGGCAAUUCACAUUGCCAUAAUACAGACCAGGACUGCCGGGCUCAUUACAAGCCCGUCAGUCCUGUUGGGGGCUGGCAGAGAGCUGUAACUUACUUUUCCUGCAGCUCCUGUCAGCUCCCUCCUCUCUCCUCCGUUCCGGUCAGCUCCACUGUAAAUCUUGCGAGAGCCGCGGGGAACACUCUGCGCGGCCGCAAGACUUACAGUGGAGAAGGGACUUGACCGGAACGGAGGAGAGAGAAGGGAGCUGACAGGAGCUGCAGGAAAGGUAAGUAACAGCUCUCUGCCAGCCCCCCUCCUACACAGCCAAUGCCACUGGACCACCAGGGAAUGAGAGCCCCCUUCCCUGGUCAGCUAACAAGCAGGGAGGGGGGGCGAAAAUAAAUAUAAAUAAAAAAUUAAAUAUAAUAAAAAAAUUAACAAUAUAUAAAAAAAUAAUUUAAAAUAAUAAAAAUGCCCACCCCCCACCAAGGCACUGCAUCACAUAGAUACACACACACACCACACUGCAUUCAUUAUAUACACACACUGCAAAUAAAUAUUCAAUUAAUAUAAUUUUUGGGGAUCUAAUUUUAUUUAGAAACUUACCAGUAGCUGCUGCAUUUCCCACCCUAGUCUUAUACUCGAGUCAAUAGGUUUUCCCAGUUUUUUUUGUGGUAAAAUUAGGGGUAUCGACUUAUAUUCGGGUAGUUUAUUUCUGGAACAGUGUCCGGUAAAAGAGCGCAGCUUUGGUACGAUAACGUGUAUUAAUUAUAAGACACUUUCAAAGCUUCCUUUAACUUUUCCUUUUCUGAUCAUUAGAUAUCCGUUGUAAACACAGACGAUGAUCUUUCCUGAGCACGGACGUUUGGUUGGCAUUCACCAUCUUCCUUCAGUCUACACUGCUUCAUCAGGAUAGUUCCUGUAUGGUAACCACGCCAGUGACUGAACACCACCUGCCCUCCUAAAUUCAUGGAUGGACAUUAAGAGAACACUUUGUACAUGUGAAGCAGAUCUUGAAAAUUGAUAUUGCCUACAACAGGAACCUCUUGUGUAUAUAUUUAACAUUGUUCAACUCUUGAUAUGGUUACCAUCCAAUCUAAUGCCCCACCCUCCCCCCCCCAACUUUAUUUUUUAUUUUUCUGGUCAGUAUUAACAAAAUCCUUUCCUCACAGGCCAAGUAUUGUAUAAAGCACUUUCCAUAUGAAGCCAUAUCCCAGCAAAUAACCUUUGUGCUCUAUAUGUAUAGUGAAUCCACCUGUACAUAUUUUGUAUAGGCAGUUUGUACAUAUAUCUAAAGAAACACAAUCACUAUUCUAAAGCACUUUGAAGUAUUUUGACUGUAAAUAAGUUUCUGUACACACUUUUUUUUUUUUUGGGGGGGGUUUUCUGUUAUAUUUUUUUUUCCAAUGUUUGGGGCGACGGCAAUAGACGAAGAAAACGGGUCAUUCAUAUCAAAUUGCCAAAUAAUUUCUAAAAUGUAAAGACAUUUUUGUAUGUGUGAAUGCGACUGUAAAUCUGUCUCGACUGUGACCUUUUUUCUAUAGAGGUAUGCAGAGGGUGAAAUCCCUGUCAAAAGAACCACUGGAGAUUCUUUUCAAAAUAAACAAAAAUGGACUUUGUUUGACUUUGUAUUUCUUAUCUGGAGAGCUUAAAUUAAGUUUAAAAUAGCUUUUGAUCAUGUAUAGACAGCCACCCACUGUUUUCAAAGUAGUAUAUUGACCAAUUUUCCUAUAGUAGUUUCCAUAGAUG